GGAUAUGAAAUACGACUCACAAUUUAACGCUGAGUUCUUCAAAAUUGAAGCGACAGAAUUUUUCCUGGAAAUUGAUGCUGAAAUCAACUCGAAAGGUCGAGGAUUUUUUUACUACACCCCGGGCGCUGGAGUGAAUGAGAGCGAUGGCGGAUCUGGCGCUAGCCACGCAACCUUUGGAGGAACGAGAGAUAACUGGAAGCAGGGAACAACAUACGGGUCCUUAUAUGAACCUAUUACUGCUGGAAGUCGUGGAGGAGUGGGACCUAGUGGUGUGCUUGGCGCUCGUGGUGGCGGGGUAAUGAGGAUCAUUAUUGGACAUUCAUUUCAUUUAGAUGGUGUCGUUAAUGUGGAUGCAGAUAAUGCAAAAGAAAAUUCUGGUGAGUUUUCAUUUUUAUGUCUGAGAACAUGCGCAAGAACCGGUUAAUUCUAUUCUAUUUUCGAAACUUAUGAUGCCAAAUAGUACUCUUUCUCUUCAUUUGAACCUGCAGGACCAAUAUGAAUAAACCGUAAACCAAUGGACCUAUUACCUAAUGAACAAAAUUUUAAUUUGGACAAGUCUAGACAAAAAUUUUAUCACAGCUUGAAAGAGCAUCACAAAAUUAGUAAUAUUCCGACGUUUCAUUGCGAAAUGUUGUAAAAUGCGGAUAAUAUAGCCCUGCGAAGUUUGCCGUUUUUCAGUCAUUUUGUAUUACGCACGGGAAAUUGAUACCUUUUUUCAGAAAGCGGUAUCAAUUUCCCGUGCGUAAUACAAAAUGACUGAAAAACGGCAAACUUCGCAGUGCUAUAUUAUAUUAUCCGCAUUUUACAACAUUUCGCAACGAAAGUACGGAAAAUUACUAAUUUUGUGAUGCUCUUUCAAGCUGUGGUGAAAUGUUUGUCUAGACUUGUCUAGAUCAAAAUUUUGUUCAUUAGGUAUUAAAUAGGUCCAUUAAUGUCGCAGUUUGUUGGCAUUGUUCUGCCAAAAUUAUGCAUUGAUGAGCGCAGGUGUAUCAUACACAUAAACGCAGCGUGCGCAUAAACAAUGUAAUGAAUAAUCUUUAUAGUGUAAUUUUGCCUAAGCUAGUAAAUGUUUCCGCUCUCUUUUCUCAGGCAAUGGCGGAGGAAGUGGAGGUAGCGUUUGGAUUUCAACAAACUACUUCAAAGGGCAUGGCAAAAUAACUAGCCGUGGAGGUCUCGGUAACACAUAUGGUUCAGCAUUAGGGGGUAGUGGCGCAGGGGGGCGAAUUUCCGUACAUAUGAGAAAAGAAGACGAGUUCCGGGGUACAUAUUCCGUGUUUGGUGGAUUGGGCGAUGGUUCCAGGCAUGGAGGACCCGGCACUGUUUACGUAGAGGAAUCAAGAGAUAUAUACAUUCACAGUAGAUUGUAUAUUGAUAAUAAUAACGCCGUACCAGUUAAGGAGUUUGUGUUAAAUGAAAGGAACCCUCGUGAAGAUAAUCAUAAACGUGUUGAUGGUGUGCUGACAGAUUAUCAUUUUGAUGAAGUUAUGGUUCUUAAUCAGGUUCGCAGCCAAUUUUUCAUAGACAAGAUGAAGUUUGUUAUAGCGAUAUGAAACACAAAAAAUGUUUGACGUACUGUCCGUCGUUUUAGCAUGCGUUGAGAUGUUUUAAAAUCACAAGGAGAAACGACUUAUAUAUGUGGAUUAUGUAUGUUAUAGAAUGAUUAAACAUUAUUGAAGAGAAAUUGAAGGCAAAUUUGCAAAUAAGUAAAAUAAAUUUAUUGUUCAUUAGAACAUUUCUUGGAUACCAAGAAGUUAAAGGACAUCCAUUUUAUUUCUUUUAGGCCAUAUUUAAAAUUAAAACACUGUCUCAAAAUGAAACCUUCUAUCCGUCUGUAUAUAUUGGUUUGAUGUAUGGAGAUGGCUCCCCACUUAUUCAUGUUCAAUCUAACCAAACUUUCUAUAUGGAGUAUCAGAAAGCUACCAGCAAGAGAUCAAACCCCAAGGUCAACUUCCUUAUAGAAGAACACGGGGACUUAAUCACGGUCAACGAUCUUCGUAUUAGCGGAGACAAGACCCCGGCGAUUGAUCUACGUGGUACACUCAGGGGCGUUAUCAAAUUUACAUUGAGUACCUCCAAAGUUUGCCUCGUCAGCAAAACUGGUUCGAUCACCGUUGGAAUACUUCGUGAGAACUCGUCGGCUGUCGCCAUUAAUCUCGGGAUGUUGACUUUAGAAUACAAUGCAAAUUUGGUGUUUACCGAGGGUGGAGAAUUGGAUAUUGGGUAUUUUACCAUGCGUCAAAAAACACUGAUGUUAGCAAAAUAUUUCUACAUUAAAUCUACAGCGAUUGAUAUCGAAGGCGAAGGAAAGAUAAGCACAACCGCUCGAAGUAAAGAUCCAGGCCUGGGAACCGGGGAUUAUAUUGAAGGGUCAGGUUCUGGCGGUGGUCACGGGGGGUAUGGAGGGCUUCAUGAAGAUAAAGGAGGUGGUAAUCCAUAUGGAUCCUAUAGUGAACCUACACAUCCUGGGAGUAAGGGUGGAGGUAUUCAAGGCGGGCGUGGUGGAAGUGUUAUUAAGGUAGAUUUUAAUUCUCUAUUUAUUUACUUGAGUGUAUAAGAACAACCAAGCUAAUUAAUAAUUGAACAAUCAAGCCACUCAGGCAUGUGAGUGAAACGUGAGACAGCCAAGUCAGUGAAUUUCUAAUCAUCAUAAAGUCUUUAAACCUGUUCCUCCUCUUUGGGAAGAGCUGAAUAGCCUCUUACACUCUGGAAAACGGUCGACUAGUAAACGACUAGUGAUAACUUUGUUCUGUUUAGAUCUUACUUCUUCUAAAUGAUAUUUUGUGUCCAUACUGUUUACGGGAAAGCAAACUGGUGAUUAUACUUUACAACGCAAUUCCAAGUGUAUCUACACGGAAAAAAUUUAAAAUGUUUCACCACAAUGGGAUCGAAUCCGUGAGCCCAACGCUAUGCCAACUGAUCUCGAGGUCAGGACGAUUGAACUACACGCCUAUAAACGCUGAGCCCACUGUUUAACAGGAUUGAACAAUGUUUUGCUGCCCACGUUCUUCACACUAGCUUGUCAACAAUGUUGAACAAUAUUGUUGAGCCUGAAUCGGUGUAACAAUAUUGUUCAAUAUUGUUAACAACUGUGAACAAUGUGGGCAGCAAAGCAUUAUUCAAUCCUGUUUUCAUCAAUAUUGCAACAAUUAACGUGAUUGUUUUUAGCCGUGUAGGUGAUAUUAGAUCGUUUGAGCGACACAACGAAGUACGAAGACGUAGCUACUUUUUGCUCAUCUGCCCGAAUUAUCUUGUUCACACCGAGUUCAAUGCUUGUUGCUCACCUUGUCUUCCCGUUACAUGUCUCGUUGUUUAUGAAUAAUGACCCGAAUCCUUACUUUGACACAAAAACAGCUAGACAUGAAUCUAUAGCUUGUCUUCGUUGAAGAGUUGCAUUAUGUGCAAGAUAAUGCGCCAACGAACAAAAAUUGUCAAUACGUUUUCAUCGUCGUAAUUCGCUCUCUUGUUCAAACUCUCGAAUGAGCGGCUUGCUAGGUGUGCCACCACUCGGAGUAGCAUUGUAACCUAAAACAGUUUACACUGGUUCUGAACAUGAUAUAUUUCUUUCCUUUCAUCGUUUUAAUGACUAGAUUGAAUGUGGUCAUUUUCUUCAUCUUGACGGCGUGAUUGACAACAAUGGUGGAAACGCUUUAAGUCAAGGAAGCGGUGGUGGCAGUGGUGGAAGCAUUUUUAUCAAAACGUUGAUGUUCUCCGGUCAUGGAAGUAUUCAAGUGAGUGGAGGAGAUGGCCAGGGGAGCGGCGGCGGAGGCGCUGGAGGAAGAUUGGCAGUCCAUGUCUCGUGGUUAAGAGAAUAUGCAGGUAAGAAGGCCUUUAUCCUUUGAAGCUUUAACUCAUUUCCCACUAGACGAAUUUGUUCGCGCGAAGCGAAGCGAAAAACAAAUAUUGGCAAUGUGAUUGGUCAGCGAUUCACUGUUCACGAUUCCGCAGAAUUGUAUUUAAGAAAUGGCCGUUUUCAAUGGUUAACGUUGUCGAAGUUUUUGGCGAGUUUCGUUGAAUAACUGACAGAAAUUAUCUUAAAUUGCGGACAACUAAAAUUCAGAAGCAUGAAAUAGAACACAUUAAAUUCUACCUCUAGAACAGGCCUUAGCCACGAAUUUAACUCCAUGAUAGUUGUAAGUAUUAAGCAGUGAAACUAGCCAGCAUGUUUCAAUGAAGCUUUAUCUAUCUAUCUUUUGCAACACAAGGUAAAAAUAUCAACAUAAGAAUCUUCCGUAUGUUAGAUGUAUAUUCACAUGGUUAUAUUUAUAUUCUCCAGGUACGUAUUUGGCUCUGGGCGGCCUUGGUAAUCCUGCGGGUGCAUGUGGAACAAUUUAUUACACAGAUACGAACAAAGGACUCUCACAUCGACCUUUCACUAUUGAUGAACAUAAUAAUACCGUGUUUGGCGAAGGAUUUACCAAACUUAUCCUCGAUAAUCAAAACAGAAAUAAACAUAUACCCACAUUAAUUGAAAAAGUAGUUGAAAAAUAUUACGAAGUUGACGAGUUAGAAAUACGAAAUCACGUGGUAUUAUGGAUUCAUGGAGAAAACGCUACGUUGGUAGCACAUAAAUUUUCUGGCGACAAAACAGGUUUGGUCCAUUUACGCCCCACACAAAAGAUGUUCGUUGAAGUAGUUGAAUCCGAAAAAGGUUACUCAAUAGCGCCUGUGAGCUACAAAAUUGAUUCACGUUCAGAAAUUACGUUUCCCUCAACACUUACACUGCUCGGUACACGUUCCACGUUUGAUGGCUUUAUUAUUGGUGUUCACCAACUUUACAUCGCUGAGAGUGCUAGCGUCACCUUCGCGUCAACUUCACAAACUGGUAUACGAGAGAAUGGAACAUUUACGUUUAUUACAACCCCUGGAAAUAUUACGUUUGGUACUUUAAUCGUGCAACGUGGUUCUCUGGUUUCCUUUUCCCGAAUAAACGACACCUUGAUUUUAACUGCAGGAAUAUUUCGUGUAAAGUACGAGGGAGAAGUGCGUAUUAAUCACGGGGACAUUGAUUCAUCUUGGGCUUGGGUCGAGAGCCGUGGCAAGGUGCUUUUGGAAGGAACUGGGUAUGGUAGUGAAUCUGGACCUGGGAGAGGUACUACCUCAUCACAGAUUGGUACUGGAGCUGGUCAUGGUGGUGAGGGUGGAUCAAAUGAGUAUCGUACUGGGAGGUGGUAUGGAUCUAUACUUAGACCUGAUCAUUUAGGUAGUGGUGGUGGAAAUGGUCGUGGUACUGGAGGACGCGGAGGUGGGUCCUUACACUGGCGUAUUGGACAGACUUUAGAACUGGAUGGUCUCGUGUCAAUGAAAGGAAUCGAUGGUACUGGAAGUGACUCUGGUGGAGGAAGUGGGGGAAGUUUAUUGAUAGAGUGUACAAAUAUAACUGGAUAUGGAACAGUGAAUGUGAUUGGAGGAUCAGGCACCGGUCAAGGAGGAGGAGGUGCAGGUGGUAGAGUUGCAAUCCAUGUUCGAUUUAAACACAAGUUCGCAGGGAUAUAUGAAGCAUAUGGUGGAUCAGGUGGAGUAUAUGGUGCUGCAGGGACGGUCUACGUUGAGGAGACUGCACGCGGUCCCCAGUAUGCUGAUAUCAAAUAUAAUAUAGAAACAAACAGGACUGAAAGUGUGUCAACACACAGGUUCAUUAUGGUUGACAACUGGGAUAAAAAAACUACAUUCUCAACAAGUCUAGUGGAGUACAGUAGUGAAUAUUACGAGUUUGAUGAAAUGUUUUUAACGCGUUAUGCAAAUCUACAGAUUGACCAUCCUCUAAAUUCCCCUAACGUUACUGUUGUCGCACAUCGUUUUAUUGGCGACGGAACUGGACGAGUUCACAUGCGCAAAAAUCAGACAAUUUAUGUGGAAGUUGUUGAGUCGAUGACGAAUGAAACUACAGCUCCAUGUAGCUUUAAAAUUGACCAAGGCGCUGAAAUUGUGUUCCCCUCAAAGGUAUACAUUUACGGAACACGUACGGAAAUUAACGGUAGGAUUACGGGUAUUCACGAUCUCAUUAUUGCUCUUGGUGGUGUCAUUGAAUUUUCGUCCACAGCUCAGACCGCGAUAGUUGAGAAUAGAGAAUAUUUGAGGAUUGAUAAAAAUGGCAACUUUUCCUUUGGCUCUGUUCUGGUAAAACGUGGUUCAAAAAUUGUGUUCAAGAAGGUCAAUAAUACAUUGAUACUCAAUAGUGGGUUGUUUAGAGUUAAGUAUAAAGGCUUGAUGAUACUAAAUCAUGGUAUUUUACGGAGUUCGUUUGCUUGGGUAGAAAGCCAAGGUGUAUUGAUGCUUGAUGGUACGGGCUUUCCAGAGGAGCAAGGACCAGGUAAGGGAGUGACUAGAAAUGGUGUUGCUGGUGGGGCAGGUCAUGGCGGUGAAGGUGCUGGUGUUAGUGGUGGGUUGCCGUAUGAUUCUGUUUAUGCACCCCAUGUUCCUGGCAGUGGUGGUGGCAUAGGUCAAGGUGUGGGUGGUGCUGGAGGAGGGAGCCUGUUAUGGGAGGUUGGAAAAUUCUUACAGAUAAAUGGUUUGAUAUCUGCGAAUGGUUUAGACGGUAGUGGUGUUCAUGCUGGUGGUGGGAGCGGUGGAAGUAUUUUAAUUAAGACCACAAACAUGUCAGGACAUGGUGAGAUUGCAGUUGCCGGAGGGGAAGGUAAGGGCUCUGGUGGAGCAGGAGCAGGUGGACGUGUGGGUAUACACUGUAGAUGGAGGUAUAAGUAUGGCGGAAAAUUGACGGAUCAUGGAGGACACAGUAAUAUUGGUGCUCCUGCAGGAACUAUCUACAUCGAGGAAAACUUUCGACCUUUACAGUACCGCCACCUUAAAUACUUAAAGACCACGAAUACGAGUGUAUUGGCUGUUGAUCAUAUGUACUUGCACGUGGACAAUGAAGGCUUUGACGUUGAAGGCGCGACAAUGAUAAUGGAGGAAGAUACUACUUUGUAUGAAUUUGACGAAAUGGAGCUGACAGGCUACAGCAGAUUGUUAGUGUAUCAUCCUAAUAACUCCAUAGUUAACGUGACUGUUCAUAGAUUUAUUGGUGACAAAACUGGACAGUUUCAUAUCCGAGACCGACAGAGAAUAUUUGUUGAGGUAGUAGAGUCUGUGAGCAACAAAACUGAAGCACCUUGCAGCUAUAAGAUUGACAAUGGUGGAGAAAUCAUUCUGCCUUCGGAAUUUCAUGUUCAUGGCACUCGAACAGUCAUUGAAGGACGUAUCACUGGAGUACAUCGUCUGUAUGUUUCAAGUGGCGCUGAGAUUGACUUUACUUCUACUACUCAAACAGCUUUAGUUGAAAAUUCAUCCUAUGUACUUUUAUCUGAGCCGGGGAAUUUAUCUUUCGCUGUUGUUGUGGUGAAACGAAAAGGUGACGUAGAGUUCCGUCGGGUUACAGACUUCCUCCGAUUGAAUUGCGACGAGCUUAACGUAAAAUACGAAGGCGAGAUGUCUAUUAAUCAUGGUGAGAUAUUCACGUCUUAUGGCUGGCUCGAUAGCAAAGGUGUAAUAAAUAUGGACGGAGUUGGUUUCCCCGCAGAGAAGGGACCAGGGGCAGGCAUGAAUGUCGGGGGAACUGGAAGUGGAGCUGGGUAUGGAGGUACUGGUGGACGUAACGGUGGAAAGGCGUAUGGGUCAGUGUAUACACCUAUGCAUUUGGGAAGUGGAGGAGGCAACAGCCAAGGAACGGGAGGUUCUGGGGGAGGAUACCUUAUCUGGAAAAUCAGCAAAUACCUAGAACUUAACGGUCUUCUUACAGCCAAUGGCGAAGAUGGGAAUGGUGGAAAUGCAGGUGGUGGUAGUGGUGGAAGUAUUCUCAUUGAAUCAACCAACAUGACAGGCCAUGGUGAGAUAUCCGUUUUGGGUGGUAAAGGAAAGGGUGAAGGUGGUGGUGGUGCUGGAGGACGAGUAGGGAUACAUUGUCGUUGGAGGUACACCUAUGGCGGCAUGUUUUCUGAUCAUGGGGGGCAGGGGAAUAAACGAGAACAUGGCGCACCUGCUGGUACUAUUUAUAAAGAAGAAAAUUUGAGACCUUUACAAUACCGUGAACUGAAGUACAGCAAGAGUAGGAAUACGACAUACCUAGCUGUGGAUCAUACAUAUGUUCAUAUAGAUAACGCUGGUUAUGAUGUCCCUGGAGCAACUUUGUUGAGGGAAGAGUACACUUCAGAAUAUGAGUUUGAUGAGAUGGAGUUGACCGGAAAGUCAAGAUUGCUAGUCUAUCAUCCAGAUAACGUGACGAAUAUAACUGUAAUUGUACACAGGUAAAUCAUUUAUCAUUGCUGAACUAUAGCCAACGAUUAUAUGACAUAUGUAUAAAAAAUUCAAUAAUUCAUGGUGAAAAGUGAAAGGAAAUCACUACCAUGUCGGUGGUUUUAUAUGUGAUAAAAAAAUUAAGUAAACCUUAGCUUUGGUUUUCUCGGCUUAGGCAACGUUGGUUUUCAUUAUUCAAAUUACUUCGCCAAUAAAUUCAUAAGGGGGGCGUUUUUUAAGCCAUUUAUUAAUUUUUUUAAACAUCUUAAAUGAAAGAUUAAAAUCUUGCGGUACAGCGCCAGUCUCAGUAUUUAAAAUAUAAACAACCCUCGUAUAAACAAUCAAUCAUUGUCGAUUUAUUUUUCUGUCAGAGAAGAAAUGAUACACUAUUAAUUAAUGUACACGUUAAAUGUUAUAUACUAAGCGAUUGAUUAUCGAGCCUUGUCAUGCCGUUCUAUGCAUACAAUGAACAAAGUUGUAUCGGUCUUUAAAAACGACUAUGCGAUAAACAGAAAUGCGGUUCAAAUUAUUCAAGCUAGAGGAUGUGUUCGCUAGAAACUUAUUUAUUUUGUUUUCCACCUCCUUAGGUUUAUUGGUGAUGGUACUGGACAGUUCCACAUACGAAAACACCAAAAGAUAUAUGUUGAAUAUGUUGAAUCAGAGAAUAACCGUACUGAAGCACCAUGCAGUUACUUGAUUGAUCAGUUCGGAGAACUGGUUCUUCCGUACGAAUUUCACGUACAUGGUGUGCGGACGGAAAUUCACGGCCUCAUGACAGGCGUUCAUCAUCUCUUUGUAGAAGAUAGCGGCCGCGUUCGAAUAUCGUCCACAGCGCAAACUGCUUUGCUGGAGAACCGCACUUAUAUUGACGUCACAGAACCAGGAAACACAUCAUUGGCUAAUAUCAUUGUCAAGAAAGGUGGCAUCCUCGAUCUAUUACGUAAGCAUGACGUCAUAAUUCAAGUGACGUCAAGUCUAUUUGAAAUAAAAUAUGAAGGAAAAGUGCUCAUGAAUCAUGGUGUGUUGUAUACAUCCGUUGGGGACCUGGAAACUAAAGGAGAGUUGGUGUUGGAUGGAAAAGGCCGGGAGUCUGGCACUGGAAUUGGUAAAGGUUAUCGACAUGGGAAUUAUGGCACAGGUGGAGGUCAUGGUGGGCGUGGCGGUACAAAUGGUGGUAAUCAGGGACAAGCGUAUGAUUCAGUGUUGAAACCUCUGAUGCUAGGAAGUGGUGGAGGGGCUGGACGAUAUGGAGCUGGUGGGCAAGGUUGGUACUCUAGUACUAUAAUAUUUUUAAUUAUUAUUAUAUUGUGUAUAAUAGAUGACACACCUUCAAAUGACUGACAAAAUGAAGUAUUUUGCCCGGUGUGAAGCCAUGUACGAAGGUCAUCUAACAUAAUAUUUGUGUUGUUGAAGUCUGUUUUACGAUAGAACGCCCCAUAUUUGCUGGUGUGUACAUAAAACAAAAGCUUGCAAACUCAGCAAAUGGCUAUAGAUAACAAACUAUAUGAAUAAAAGGAAAGAACAGUAGAUUGUUUUGUUUAGAAGUGAGCAUUAGUGAUGCCACGGAAUGAUGAUUUCUAUUUGUUUCCUCAAGGUGGCGGCACUCUCCGGUGGCAAGCACAAGACCACUUACACCUGGAUGGCUUGAUCACAGCUCAAGGUCAAAGUGGGAAAUCCCAAUCAGGAGGAGGUAGCGGAGGUACUGUUCUUAUUGAAGCUUUAAACAUGAGUGGACAUGGUGAGAUAAAUGUCAAUGGUGGUAAUGGGAUAUCUGGGGGUGGUGGAGGAUCUGGAGGACGUAUUGGAAUACACGUAGAUUUCAAAAAUAAGUAUGGAGGGACGUACAGGGCAGUUGGAGGAGAAGCAAGCUCCAGGACUCUUGUUGGAGGCGCAGGGACUGUAUAUAAAUAUGAAAGCAGUCGUGGCCCGCAAUAUCGUGAAAUAAAAUACAAUCCUAAUGGAAACUUCACAGACUUCAAACCUGAACAUUCAAAAUUGAAGAUCGAUAACGAAGGACGAGAUUCAGACUGGCCGGCCGUUGUUAUGGAAAAUGAAACUUUGUUCUACGAGCUUGAUGAAAUGCAAGUGGGAGGCAAGUCUCACGUGGUUUUCUAUCAUCCAAGAGGAGCACGGAAUGUCACAGUAGUCGCGCACGAAGUGACUGGGGACAAGACUGGUGUCAUAAAGAUGACAUCACGUCAAAGAUUGUUUGUAUUUAUUGUUGAAAGUACCCAUACGUACCUAGAUGUUCCCUGUGGAUUCUACAUCAGCGAGUUCUCAGAAAUUAUAUUUCCAACUGAAGUGAUACUGCGAGGGGAAACUACGACCUUGCGAGGCCGCGUUACUGGCGUAGAGAGACUGGUAAUAGAAAGAAAUGGAAAUAUACUGGUCAGUGGGACGGCUCAUACAGCUAUACUUCCGGAGCAUGCGCGAUGGUAUAAUGAUCGGCCAUUUGAUCCGUUCACCGCAGGUCAACUUGUCAUUCCCGAAAUGGUUGUGGCAAAUGAUGGUGUUCUCACUGUUGCCAUGACACCAUAUCGUGCCGAGGUCAUAGCGUCAGAUAUUGUCAUCAAAAAAGGUAGGCAUUGCCGGCCAUAGACGCGAGUUUGUGAAGGAGUAGGAGAAAAUAAACAUGGUUAGGAAAGCCGCUUCAAAAUUGUACAACACACCUUGACUGAUGCGAAAGCGCUUGUGGACGGACAAAUUUCUGUCUUCGUUUAACAAAAAUUGAAAGAUACCAAAGAGAAUGAAGCUUAAGGCUGCUAUGACUUAUUGCUUCUUUACAAACUUACAAAACAAACCCAUUGCAAAAACAUAAACCAUGAAUGGCCCAAGCUCUGUGAGUCGUGUCGAGAAAUAAUGAAAUAAUGCACAGUUUUUAUCACUUACUUGAACGUGUAUUAAUAUUUUUUUUCCCUUUACUCCGGUCAACUUUCAGUUCAAUCCUUUGAACAAGCCUUAUAUUGUGUAUCAUAUGCAUUCUAAGUAGUAGAUGAUACACAGUAUAAGGCGGUCUCAACGGAACGAGCUGAAAAUGGACGGGAGUAAAGCAAAUGAUAUAUUAAACAAUAAAUUCAACAUACUGCUGCGGAUUGAUAGUGAUUCAACGUUAUUCCCUGAAAACUACAAGCAGAUUGUUGUAUUCCUAGCUUUUAGGCAUCAUUUCAACUUAUUACUUUGUCUAUUUCUUCUAUACAUCGACCACACACAGAGCUUGGGCAACCAAUUCGUAAACGAAACCUUUCGUGGACCUUCCACAUCAAAUUAUAUUUCUAUAACUAUUUUUUAGUAAUUACUUACAGGAGUACUCCCAUGAUAUUUUUUAAAUUUCAAAAGGCGGGCUGUUCAAAGUCAACACACGUGAAAUGUUCUUUAUUUUGGACCGAAUUGUGAUUGAAAGUGGUGGGAGUCUGGACGGAGACGGUGCUGGAUAUUCUGCAACUCAAGGGCCUGGUGCUGGCUCUGGAUCUAAAGGUGGAAGUUAUGGUUCCCUUGGUGGAAACGCUGGCACUGGAAAAUACUACGGAUCCCUCUAUAUACCGCGUUAUCCAGGCAGCGGAGGUGGCGGUAGUGGUGGCGGUUCAUGGAUAAAUGUGACAGCUGGUGGAUUUGUAAGAGUCGAUGGUACAUUGAGGGUUAAUGGUGCAACCGGAUAUGGUGCCGGAAGUGGUGGUAGUUUAACCAUCACUACGUCGCUUCUGAUUGGUUAUGGGCAACUUGCAUGUCAUGGAGGUGAGAAUUUCUUAAAUGACAUAAAUGUGAGAUUAUUUGGCUAAAUUAAUAAUUGUUUCAGGUUUUAUUAAACAACUGGAUUUAGUCAGUGGUAGACCAUGAUGUUUACGAUGUUACUCUGAGUGUGCAUCCACACCGGGCAAGCUGAAAAGUUCGCCUGACCACGGUGGGAAUCGAACCCGCGACCUUCGGGAUACUAGACCACUAGCUCUACAAACUGAGCUAUGAGGUUAAGUCUGUUUGAUUUGGUGUAUUUCGGAACUGAGUCUAGUUCCGUCGGUAUCGAUGUAUUACUCAGAGUAACACCACAAACAUCAUAUUCACCCGAGUGCAUAAAACCAACGCACACAAAAAAGUAUCAUGUCUUAGAAUACAUUGAUAUCGAAGGAAUUAGUUCCGAAAUAUCACCAAUUCGAACCGACUUGACUUCGUAGGUCAGUUAGUAGAGCCUUGGACUGGUUUCCCAAAGGUCGCGUGUUCGAUUCCCACCGUGGAUGCAUGCUCAGAGUAACAUCACAAACAUAUUCACCUGAGGACAUAACACCAACAUACACAAAAAUUAUCAUGGUAGACUAUAUUUUCUCAAGUAAAAAUGAGCCACUUUUCCGUGACCUUGAACGUUGUUCAACUUAAAGAGCAUGUAAAGUCCGUUCUGCAUGUCCGUUCUGCGCAGGCCUACAUUCCAAUGGUCGGGACCCGACCAUUGCCGACCAUUGGAAUGUUAUUAAUAUUUCGCAACUUUCGAACUUUCUUGAAUUGAAUCUCUAGCCUGUAUUCAUUUAUAAGCAUAGCGAACCAGAAGAGUGUUAAAAAUUCACUAUAAUAUAUAUCUAAUCAUAUUUUACAACUAAUAGCACUGAGUUCAAAAUGUAAACAAAGCCUUUGUUUACAUUACGGACUUUACAUGGCCUUCAAGUAAAUAAUGGUAAUUGAACUGAGUGGAGUGCAAUUUGGACUGAAAUCAAACGCGUGAUUUCAGUCCAAAAUUGCACGACACGAAGUUCAAUUUCCACUUUAUUAUAUUCAUUUUGAAAUCUUAAACAUUUUUGUAAACCGGAAACGUUUUUGUUUGCAAAAGACACACCUCCGGUACCUCCCUGAGUGCUGUAGCAUAGCAACAAUAUAAAGCGAACAAGAUGAGGUUUUGUAAUUAUAUAGUUUAUACGUUCAAAAAUCUAAAUUGUUAAAGAAAUGAAGACAUUUAUAAAGAAUAAGAGACAACACAAGUAAGUUUAAAGAUAUUGUAGGUUUUACGAGUGAUUUGAAAGAGUUUUGGUGCAGUUUUGUGCAUUUAAAACUGGAAAUACGAUAGGCGAAUUUACCUUUGUUUUCCCUGAUUUAAAUUUGCUUUUGUUGGCGUUUUGACCAUAUUUGAUAGAAGAUUAUGUUACUAUUUGUGAAAUUUGCAAUUCUUUGAUAGUUUACUUUAGCUAUCCAUAUUAGUUUGUUUUUAUGUGCAAAAAAUUGCUUAAUUUUAAAUCAUAUUCAUGACAUAUAUGUAAUUUUUUUGUUUUUGUGCUUAUUUGCCAUAACACAUUUUUGUUAAAUUUGAUUGGCUGUUUGAAUCCUAUGAUUAAAUAUGAUUGGUUAGCUGAAGUCAGCACUCUAAUGUGAUUGGUUCACAGCAGUGCGAUUUCAGGACGAAUCGCAGUGCGAUUCGUGCUGAAAUCGCACUCCUGUGAACCAAUCAGAUUGCAGGAAACACCAUUGAUUUCAAAAUGAAUAUAAUAAAGUCUGUAAUGCAUAUUUACAAAGAUGAUGAAAGACUCGACUGUUGUAAGUUAAGAAGAAGCUUGAACUUUGCUGAAUAGGCAAAUGUACUAAUGUUACUUGUUUCUCAUUCAACCUCAUUCAAAACUUUUGUAUGCAGGAUCUUCAAGCACUGGAGGUGGUUCUGGUGGCCGUAUUGGUAUUUAUCUCUCUCAACCAUUUGAUUUCCGAGGAGCUAUCGCCGCUCUUGGUGGCGCUGGGUCACCUUCUGGAGGGCCUGGAACGACAUACAUUGAAGUCAGGGAUGGGGUUUCAGUACAGAGGGUCCUAAGAAUAGAUGGAAGAAAUAGAGAAGAAACUGCGGGACUAAAGGUGUUCUUGGAUGAACUUGGUGGAUAUUAUCAUGUGUUUGAUGAGAUAAAACUAACAAGGAAAGCAUUUGUAUCUUUACAACAAGUACGUUGACCACAUUUAUAGUUCUAUAUAUUCGAACUAUUAGUGAAGAUAUUAUCGAAGGGAUAACUGUGUUUUAUUAGCAUCACUUCAUGAGACACAAAGCCAUGUUCUUAGCAACUAAUUUGAAACGUAGGCAAACUGGGACUUUUUUCGAUCAAGGGAUUAAUUUUUUCUGCUAUAUUUUCUUCAGAUAUCUAACAGCGUACCUGAAAUAAAAGUUCGCUACUUCUCUGGUGAUGGAACUGGAAUUUUCGACGUUAUUUCCGGUACACGUGUUUAUACUCAUGAAGACACAGUACGCAUGCGCACGAUGGUAAAUUAUGUCAUCAGGAAAGGAGGUGAGCUAGUACUACCCGAGCUUACAGAACUAGCAGCAAAACGCUCGCCCUGUUUGGAAAUACAUGGGGGUGCCUACGGUAUAGGAGAGUUGCGGCUGUACGCUUCAAGUCAUGCGCAGUUACAUAUAAGUGGUCAUUCAGGCUGCUUCAAUUGUUCAAGCAAAUACACCGGAACGGGACUGGAUCGGAAGUACUGGUUUAAAAAGAUAACUGUAAAGGCUAAUGGAAAAUUUGAAGUCAUAUCCGCUGUACAGAAUGUCGACAGAGCAGUGCAGGUACAUACUGGCACUGUUGCCGUGGAAUAUAACGGAGUGGUAACAAGUGAUGCAAUUGAAAUGUUUUCAAAAUACAUCAAAGUUGAUCAUGACGCCAAAUUCCAUAGUUCUGGCCGAGCUACAGCAACUGGCCUGGGCCCUGGUGCAAGUUGUGGGGGGAUUGGAGGUGGCGCCGGGCAUGGUGGGGGUGGAGGACGCGGAGCAGGUUGCUCCUGUGGGCCACGUAAUGAUGCCUCAGGUAAGCCCGUUUUUGGUCUGAUAAUUUAAAUAAUACGUCGGUUACCGAAAAGCAGACACACACAAUUCUAAUGCUCCAGUAAAAUAAAAUGCUAAUAACAGAACAUCAGCAGUCUGGGAGAAACAUAACAGUGGUUUGAUGAAGUGCGUCUGUACACCAACCGCGGCGUCGCUAUGGACAUCGUCUUAUUCACACAAACACAGACGGCUUCCCAUUGACUGCCGUGAGGACGUUUUAAGCCAGCUCAUCUUCAUAAUUACUCUUGUGUUAGACAGAGUAAAAUUGAGUUAAAUACAGAAAACAAAGCAUCAUAGCAACUAUUUAUCACUUAUUUACUGAGACCGAGGGAAACAGUGUGUUUUGUGGACCCGAGACCGUCGAUAUGUGUCGAGGGAAACUUCGACGGUCGAGGGUCCACAAAACACACUGCUUUCCCGAGGUCUCAGUAAAUACAGUAAGUGUUUUAUUAUAUAUCAAUAUAGUCAAAGAAACAACAAAUUAAAGAACAAAUGAACGUAAAUACAUGAAAUAUUUUAUUGUUAAAACGUUAUAUUAAACACUGGCUACACUGCAGUUACUUAAAGCGAAAGUUUUAAUUACGUACUAGGCAUGUCCAAAGGUCGCAUCUUCACGUGAUGGCGCACGUGAUUUUUUUGUUAUUCGCCGGUCGAUAACGUAUUAUCUCCCUCUCGCGCUGUUGCGAGGGAGACAGCCUAAUUUCGUCACUCUCACGUGAUAUGCUCUCAACCAAUAAAACACGAGAAAAAUGCGACUUUGACUAUUGAUAUAUAAUAAUAUUAAUUAUUUGACGCGAUCUAUUCAUCAUCUUUUAUUUAAAAUUUAUUAUUUGAUUUUUUCCCCAAUAUUAAUCAUCUUCUCGUCCCAGGUGGUAGAAAAUAUGGUGAAGUGUGUAAUCCAGUACUUUCUGGCAGCAGCGGUGGCAGUUCCGGUGGUAAAGGUGGUGGUGUCAUUCGUCUGUUUAGCAGCCACCUGGUGGAUCACGAGGGACUCUUGGUGUCAAAUGGAGUUAAUGGUGGUGGAAGUGGCGGUGGUGGAAGCGGGGGAAGUGUAUGGAUAGAUGGCGAAGCGAUAGAUGGUCAUGGAUUAAUGCAAGUAGCAGGUGGUAGUGGUGGUUACAGAAACAGGUAUCCUGCAUGCAAUUAUUACCAUGGCGGAGGAGCUGGGGGGUACAUUCGAGCACAGUCUCCCAGGUACAUAAACCGAGGAAUACUCUCUAAUUUAAAGAACAUCAAUCCGUCAGGACACAGGACAGCUGUUGAAGGCGGUAGUGCACCUGGAAGUGGAGCUGUACGUGGUGACGAUGGACAGAUCUGCUUUUCUGGUAACGAGUGCAGUGGACAUGGGGUAUGGUCAAGCACAGGGUGUACAUGUGGUCACAAUUAUCAUGGUGUGAGUUGUUCGUACCACUGUGAUCCUGGUGUUACGUGUUUAGGUCAUGGUCAGUGUACGGAGUCAGGAGGUUGUAGGUGUAACAGUGGCUAUGUAGGGUAUCGAUGUGAGCAUCUUUGUGAUCCCCAACGUGACUGCAGUGGUAAUGGUAUAUGCGACAACUUAGGAAAAUGUGUUUGUGACUCCUGCUAUAGUGGGGGGAAAUGUCAGUACUUAUGCUCAGGCAAAGGCACUUGUGAGAAUAGUGUGUGUAAGUGUGAUAGCUGUUAUUCAGGGAAAUUUUGUCAAAGCGAGUGUAGUGAAAACGGGCAGUGUCUUAAUGGAACAUGUAAAUGUGAGGGGUAUUGGCAAGGAACACAUUGCGAGCGCGGGGGGUGUCCAGGUACUCCUGUAUGCUCAGGAAAUGGUUUAUGUAACAGUGCAUUACAGAAAUGUUAUUGCAAUCCAGGAUGGGAAGGUAUUGACUGUAGUCAACUUGAUUGUCCUGGUGAACCUAACUGUAACUCACGUGGCGUGUGUGUUCCAUAUCCAGAGGGUGCUAAAUGCGUUAAUUGCUCGCGAGGUUGGAUGGGACCUGCGUGUGAUGAACCAUGUACACAUGGAAUGCAGUUUCCUAUGAACAGCGGUGUAUGUCAAUGUGAUCCAUGUUACGGAGGAAAGGGGUGUACGAGCUUAUGUCUAGGACGAGGAGUCUGCCAAUCAAAUACAUCGUGUUUCUGUGACCCAGAUGUAGGCUGGCGAGGUGACGUGUGUGAAAUACCAGGAUGCCCAGGAAUAGAUAAGGACUGCAGUGGUCACGGGGACUGUAAUGCAGCACGUCAUCAGUGUUCUUGUUAUGAAGGUUGGACAGGCAAGGCGUGUGAUAUUCCAGACUGUGCUGGGGCACCUAACUGCUUUCAACGAGGUUUUUGUAAUCCGUCACUCGAUGUCCCUCGAUGUGAAAACUGCACUCGAGGCUUUAUGGGACCUGCCUGUAAUGAUCCCUGCACAUUUGGUCUACAGAUACCAAUGGACAGCGGCAAUUGUGUAUGCUUCCAUGGUUACAGUGGCGUUGGCUGCGACAGUGAGUGUUCAGAACAUGGUAAGGUCAAUAAUGGUACAUGCGAGUGUGAUGUAGGGUGGAGAGGAGGUUUAUGUGACAUAAUGGGAUGUCCAGGGAUUAAUGAAGAUUGCUCAGGACAUGGAAGUUGUAACGGAGCUAUACACAAGUGCACUUGUUAUAAUGGCUGGUCAGGGGAAGGUUAGUUUUUAUCAUUAUCUUUUAUUGUAUUAUUUGUUUUCGUUUGGUUAGCUCCAAUCUUUGAAAUUAAUAUUUCUUCUCUGGUUAUAUUAAGUUUAUUUCAUUCACGAUAUGUAACAAGUUCAAAAAAAAUGAUUUUUCUGGCCGUCUCGUAAUACUGUCUGUCUAGCUUCAUGCUAAUAAUGCUCAUAAAAAUUCCUUUAGAUAAAUAAUUUUCAAGCUCUAUCAUAUCGAGAAUGAAGUAAAUUAUGAAGAAAGGGUGUUUUAGAGAUAAUUUCUUCCUUAGGUUGCGAAAUACCAGAUUGUCCUGGUUCUCCAAACUGCUUCAAUCGAGGUUACUGUAACAGUUCUGUAAGCCCACCAGUAUGUCAGAACUGCACAGCGGGUUGGAUGGGACCAGCAUGUAAUGAUCCAUGUGUUCACGGUGUUCAACGACCUAUGGAUAGCGGUAACUGUGUCUGUGAUCCCGGCUGGGCUGGCUUAGGUUGCGACAGUGAAUGCUCAGGACAUGGCUGGGUUAUUCAAGGAUCAUGUAGGUGCGAUAUAGGAUGGCAAGGUACAUUAUGUGAUAAUCCAGGUUGUCCAGGAAUUGAUGAGGAUUGCAGUGGUCAUGGAGAAUGUAACAGCGCACUACAUGAGUGUACAUGUGACGCCGGAUGGACUGGGGUUGGAUGUGAGAUCCCUGAUUGUCCUGGAAAUCCCGACUGUCUGGACAGAGGUAGGAUGCCAUUCUCGUACCCAGAGCCCUUCUUACGCGCGGUGCGACGAGGGGCUCUGGCCAAAUCCAUAACCGGAUACCAUAAAAACAUGGUAAGAAAACAAUGUCCGGUGUUAGAACUAGCCAAUCAGAUGCCAGUUCGGAAUAUGGAUUUGGCCAGAGCCCCUCGUCGUACCGCGCGAAGAAGGGCUCUGGCUACGAGAAUGAGGUAGGAUGCCAGCUAGCGACCAGUAUGUAAUACUUGUUUUUACGACGUCAAAACGACAAAACAGUACAAAAGUUCCUGCUGUUUUGUUUGCAGUAGUUUGUUUUGCCUGUGCUGGGUUUUUUCCAAUCUGUAUUAACCAGGAGUAUAUAUAGUUUAACAAAAUGCUACUCAUUCAUAUUCCUUUGUACUUUUUACAAACAAAACUAUCAAUGAACUUGCUAUCAUGGGAUGAACUGUACAAUACACCAAGUACUUGCAGCUUAACCAAACCAAACUGAUACUAAAGAACACAGCAUGUACAUCCAGCUACUAUAAAUCUACGAACAAAACGACGAAAAAUUUACGUGUGCGAAGAAACCGAUAUAUUUUUAAUUGUUUGUUUAACCUCUCUAGGUUUCUGUAAUGCGACGUUCAACCCACCACGAUGCACGAACUGUAGCCUGGGAUGGAUGGGGGCUGAUUGUGGAUACCCGUGUACACAUGGAAAGCAAGAACCAAUGGACAGCGGUGUUUGCAUGUGUGAUGCAUGUUAUGUUGGUAAGGCCUUUUGGACUGCGCUUACCUCGUCAUGUGUUUAGAUAUGUAUUUAGUUAUGUAUUUAAUUAUGUAUUUAACAGUUAUAGUGAGUGGAAUAACAUCUUGUUUUUCUCUACUAUUAGCAGGAUAUUAGCUAAUGUCCUUCUAGUGGAGAACCAAUCAGAUUGCAGAAUACCUCAUAUCCAGACCUUGUGUAUAUAAUAAUUAGUAAUAUUUAUGUCGAAAACAGUACUUGCAAUACUCGCUUCCGGAAGGUACGUCACCUUGCUUCAUUUUCGUGAUUGAGACUUGGGGCCUUGGGCUUUAACUGAUGUCAGAUAUACGAAAACGAGCGCCAUAGCCAAAGUGACGUACUUUCCGGAAGGGUGUAUUGAAGUAGAAAAGCUGCAUCAAAAAUCAACGUUUCGGUCGAGCCAUCUGAAGGAGACUAGAAUAUUUGAACAUUAUUCCUUAAAUUUGUUUCACAUAAUUCAAGAAGAACAACUCAACACUUUUUUGAAGAAUAGCAUCACCACUUCCAAGUUUGUGUAACAGGAGAUGCCAUAUAAGGUGCCGCUACACAUUUCCCCAACUUCUUGUCACGUCUAGUUCAGUCCUAAAUUUUCCAUGUUUUUUCAAGGCCUUGGUUGUACUCAAGAAUGUUCAGAUCAUGGAAAAUGUCAAAAUGGAUCUUGUCUUUGUGAUGAACUUAGUGGAUGGCGAGGAUCUCUGUGUGAAGUACCAGGAUGCCCAGGGAUAGCAGAGGAUUGUAGUGGACAUGGUAGCUGUAACAGUGCUGACAAAACAUGUAUAUGUGAUCCAGGUUAGUAGUCCGUUGGCCUUUGAUAAAAGGCUGUUGGCCUUUGAUAAAAGACCUGGGAGCUGGUAUUAAAACGUUGCCUCUUAGUAAUCAUCACGGGCACGUCGGGCAGCCUAAUGUUCAAAGAGAGUACGUACAGUAUCUUAAUAUAAAGUAAGUUCCAUUCUUUCAUAUAUUUACCAUCAAAAUAUGUACUUUAUUUGGAUUUUCUUUGGUACUAUAUUUUAUGAAGUUAUCAACGGGUUUUUUUCUCACAAAUGCUUCAAAUUAAACAUAAUUCGUUAUUAAUUUUAAUACCCAAAUUCAAAGUGUCCGAUCGGAAAGAUAAGUUUGUGCCACGUGAGUGUGAAAUUUGUCAUCAAAUCGCGCCUUACGUCAUCGUAUUUGACGUAAGCGGGUGACUUGAAUCGUAUCACAUGGCGAUUUGAUCAUACCACCCGGGUGAUCCGCGUAAACCACGUGCGGCGAUCACGUAAACAAGAUGACCAACAAAAUAUACUAAGGAGUGAUGAAAACAUCGGGAUUAUUUUUUAAAUUUUGAAGCAAAUUUUGAAAAAUGUUAUCAUCAAUAUUUCAAACGAUAUGUGAUUCGAAAGAAAAGCGACGAUACUUGCGUUAAUCCAAAAAUAAAACAUCGAGACCCUCCACUCGGGAGAUUCGACGAAAUAUUACCCUCGAAAUAUCACUUCGGAGUUCGGGUAAUAUUUCGCCGAACCCCCCUCGCUGCAGGUCUAUAAAUGAUAAAUAUAAUAGGAAGCUAGUCUCGGCUUUCAUUUCUAGCUCGAUUACUGAGAAAUGAUCGACGAUGAGCUUGAGAGUUUUGAGUGGCUGUUCCGUAAUUCACACAACGUUUGAUAUUUGUGUUUCUGUUCUGCAGCAGUUCUUUUAUUUCUUCAGGUUGGACAGGCAUUGGAUGUCAUGUGCCUGACUGUCCUGGAACUCCUAACUGCUUCGGGCGUGGAUUCUGCAACAGUACUGAUCGUGAAACUCCAGAAUGCACUGACUGUUCCAUGGGAUGGAUGGGUCCUGCAUGUAAUGACCCUUGCUUACAUGGGCGACCUGUGGACGACAUCUGUGAUUGUGACCCGUGCUACACAGGUAAUGGGUGCCAGCUGGAAUGUUCUGGUCGGGGUUCUUGCGUACAAGGAGAAUGUGUAUGCCAUUCAAAUAACGAAGUAGGAUGGCAAGGGAUCAACUGUGAACUUGAUGGAUGUCCAGGAGUAGAUGGGAACUGUAAUGGUAAUGGUCUGUGUAAUACUAAUACCCGACAAUGCGAGUGUGAUCCGUUGUGGACUGGACCCGACUGUGGCAUAGCUAAUUGUGCAGGAGACCCACCUUGUUCAGGUCAUGGUAGCUGUGAUGCGGCCUCAUUCCCACGCCGGUGUAACUGUGAUAGAGACUGGGCAGGGGAGGCUUGUGAUGUUCCUUGUGUCCACGGAAUAAAUUAUGGCAAUGCUUCGGGAUGUAUCUGUGACACGUGUUACCAUGGUAUCGGAUGCCAAUGGUUCUGUUCUGGACAUGGCCAUUGUGAGCAUGGGCAGUGUGUAUGUAAUGCACGCCUUGGAUAUAAAGGGGUAUUGUGUGAUGUACCAGGAUGUCCUGGAUGGCCGGAGGAUUGCAGUGGUCAUGGUACAUGUAACCUUGCAACGAAGCAAUGUUCAUGUGACCCAGGAUGGCUUGGACCAUCAUGCAGCUGGACUGACUGUCCUGGAACUCCAGACUGUAACGACAAUGGAAUCUGUGUUCCUCCACGAGGUGAGAAAUCCCUUUUUCAAAAGUAGAAUAACCUUCGAAAAGGUUGUAAAUAAAUUUAGUCAAGUAGAGCAAGUCUGAUAGCCAAUAAGAAUGCACUCUUCACGACGAUGGAACGUCGAAGUUACGAAGCUGAAUUAAUUAAAGGAUGGUGAGAACCGCCUACCAAGGUGUUCCUGAACGGUUGCUAACCGUUCGAAACAACUACAUUUAUAUAGUUUUGUAUCUGUGAAAUUUUAUUGGUUUUGAUAUCACUUCACGAAAUUUGAUAUUAUUCCAUGCGAAACUGUCCCUGACUUGCUGCACAGAAUAGAGACAACAUAAAUAUAGUCUCUAAUUUGUGCUCGAGUUCUCCGUCAAGUGAACCAGAAGUUCAUUUCUUGGCACGACAGAAACAAAAUAAUUUUCAUCAACUGAGCAAAUUCGUCGUUAAAAAGGUACAUUUAUCUUAUUUUUAACCUAUGUAAAGGUUUUUUCUUGCGGCCAUUAUUGGUUUCUUUUAAUUGCAACUUUUAUAAAUUUGUCAUAUUUUUUGAAGGUUAAAUAAAGUGUUGUUAUUAUUGUUUCAGAAAACAGUGUGAAUGCUCAAGGAACAUGUAACUGUUCCAAAGGCUGGAUGGGCGUGGCCUGUCAACAUCGUUGCAUCCAUGGCAAUCCCUCUGACGACUAUAUCUGUGAAUGUGAGCCUUGUUACAAUGGUCUAGAUUGUUCAGCACUUUGCUCAAACAAGAGCAGUCUCUGUGUCAAGGGCGAGUGUGAUUGUGGAUUUGAGGGAUGGCGAGGAAAGUUUUGUGAAAGAAGAGGAUGUCCAGGUGUAAAUAAGGAUUGCUCGGGACAUGGCACAUGUUUCGCGGAUUCACAGACCUGUGUAUGUGAUUCUGGCUGGAGAGGUGAGUGGCAUAUUAUACUGAUCAGUAGCUAUCAUUGUUUAUUUAUCAUACCAUAAAUAUUUUAAGCAAAAAGAAGAUAAAAAAAAAAGCGUAAAAAUGUAAUAUUUUACAAUUAUUGCAUUUUCCCCAAAACCUUCCUUUCCGGUCGACAAACAUCUCGUUAUCGAAAAAUGACGCUAGUUUCUUUAGUCGUAACGCCUUGCUUUCUGGCUAAGUUUGCAAACCAGAAAACAAUACAUUUCUCCGACAAAUAAAUUACCAUUGGAAAACAAUAUUCGUUUAUUGAAUUUGUUCAAUUUUUGCCCGCUGAUAGGCAAAUUUUGUCCUCCCAAGAAUGUUUUCAAAUGUUGGAAGACCGGAAAACAUUCGAGGAAACAAACUUUGAAGUUUGUCUUUAAAUUUUUGUUUCCAUGUAAUAAAGUUCCAAUGGUAGAUAAACUACGAAACAUUUGACGACAUUGGAGUUAAUUUUGAAGAGCCGCUACAGUGUUUGCCAGUUUUUCUAGAGCUUAAUUUGUCGACCUCUUCUUAUAUCUCCCAAUCAGGUCUCGGAUGUCAAAACUCAGAUUGUCCUGGGGAACCAGAUUGUAACGGAAGAGGCCGAUGUGUGAUUGAUGAAACCGCUGGUCCAAUAUGUGUUGACUGUGAACAAGGUUGGAUAGGGCGAGCCUGCGAGAUUCGUUGUCAGCAUGGCUCCGCAUCAGAAGAAAACCCGGAUGUAUGUACAUGUGAUUCUUGUUAUACUGGCUUUAAUUGCGACCAGUUGUGUUCAGGACGAGUGAACGCUACAUGUCUGGAUAAAAAGUGUGUUUGUGGAUUUGAAGGAUGGAGAGGGGAUCUGUGUGAUGUACCUGGUAAGCGAACAGUGAUCUGUACAUAACUGGAGUAAUUAGUAUCCUUGAUAUGAAUAUUUUCCACGGACUCAGAUUUCUUUUAUAUUUCUGCAAAAUAUAAUCAUGCUUAAAUGUUCUCACGUUAGUUCUUCAUAUAUGGCAUCACUUUAUGCGAGCUUACUUUCAGAAACAAUGAUAUUUAUAUUUACAUGUACAUGAUAUAUGCUUUAAUUUACAUGAAACACGUGGUUAAGCCAUAAUAAAGUCAUAAUACAAUACAUAACAUUAGGUCCGAUUUUCAUUUCAUACAAUUAAAUUAUAUAUAUAUAUACUCUUUUGCAAUCAACAAAGGCAGAUUUGCAUACAGCACAGGAGAUGCAGAGUAUUUCGUAUUGGUGACAAUCACUUGGCCGGGACUAAAUGACAAGCAAGGUUAGAUUGUAUAAAAAACCCAUUCAAUAUUAAUUUUGUUUAUUGUUUAGGCUGUCCUGGAUUAAGUAAUAUCGACUGCUCUGGUCACGGGACUUGUUUCAGCGUGCAGCGUGUUUGUCAGUGUAAUAGCGGAUGGAUAGGAUCAGGUUGUCAUAUACCUGUAUGUCCCGGCUUACCACAGUGUAGUGGUCAUGGCAAGUGUGUUGUGACCUCAGAUAUCCCUGCAUGUACCUGUGAUGACGGCUGGAUGGACGAUGCAUGUCAAACUAAAUGUCUCAACGGAACAGUGGUGAAAACAGUGGAUAAUGAGGAGUAUUGUGAGUGUAAAGAUUGUUUCGGUGGGAUAAGCUGUGACGUAGAGUGCUCAGGAAGAGGAAUUUGUCUGAACAGUACCUGCGACUGUGGAUUUGAUGGAUGGCGAGGGGCAACAUGUGAUGUGCUAAGAUGUCCAGGGUGGGGAAGUGAUUGCAGUGGACACGGAGUGUGUAUCCCUUCAUUAAGACAAUGUACGUGCAACCCAGGCUGGAAAAGCGUGGGCUGUCAGAUUCCGCAUUGCGCCGGAGGAGGAAACUGUAGUAACCAUGGUACGUGUGAUGGAGAGAAAUAUGAUCCUCCGGUGUGUACGUCCUGCGACCACACCUACUUUGGUAAAGGAUGCGAGCGACGGUGUUUUAACGGAAGUGUGGUUACGAUUACUGGCGAUACGUCUGCGACAAAUGACGAAGACUGUCGAUGUGAUAAAUGCUACAGUGGCGUGGACUGCGGUCAGGAGUGCAGUGGUCAUGGUCAGUGUGAAAAUGGAACAUGCAAGUGUGAUGUAGGAUGGCGCGGUGACACGUGUGGCAGGAUAGGAUGUCCAGGGAUAGGGCAGGAUUGUAGUGGGCACGGAAGAUGUCUAAGUUUGAAUCAAGAAUGUCAUUGUGAUAAGGGAUGGAAGGGGAUCGGUUGUGAAAACCCUGAUUGUCCCGGAGUCCCUGAUUGUAAUGGUAAGGGUACAUGUGAUGGAAGUGUCGAACCACCGCGGUGUGUAAACUGUACUGACAACACCAUGGGUAGAUCGUGUGAGUUACCUUGUAUCCAUGGCAAUGAAGAUCCGCCUAACAGUGCUAUAUGUAAAUGUGAUUCUUGCUACUCAGGCCAAGCCUGCGAUCUUACGUGUUCAGCGCACGGCACAUGCGCAAACAACAGUUGUGUGUGUCAAGAAGGGUGGCGAAGCGAUCUUUGUGAACUCUCGGAUUGUCCUGGAGAUCCUGAUUGUUUCCAGCGUGGUGUGUGUAUACGGGCAUCCGAAAAUGUUCUACCUGAAUGUCUCUGUAAUCAAGGUUUUGGUGGACCAGAUUGUAGUAAGUUACUCUGUCCUGGGAAUCCUCCCUGUAACAACCGCGGGAACUGUGUACUAAAUAAAGGUGGCCGUGUACCUCACUGCGCAUGCCAACAUAAUUUCGUAGGACAGGCCUGUGAACAAUGUGCCCAGCGGUAUACAGGAGCAAAUUGCGAGGACUGUGUGAACGGAUUUAUUGGUUGGCCUAUCGGAUGCAAUGUCAGUUGUUUCCAUGGAAAUGCAUCUGGUGUGAGACAAGAUAAUUGUGUGUGUCACAAUGACAGCAGACUUGGUUACUGGAGAGGCAAAGAUUGCGCAAUAUGUCAAGAGGGCUGGGACCAACCUGGAUGUACAAGCUGUGAUCUAACACAUGUUGGAGAGAGUUGUGAUAUUUUAUGUUAUACUGAGCAUGCGCAAUACGGAGAUCCGAGGGAUGCAGGUACUGAAAAAUUACCAGUAAUACCUACAUUAAGUUGCAUCAUAAGCCAAUACCAUGAUUAUAUCUUGGUUUGGUUUGGCUACGACAAUAAAAAUCCUCACAAUGUAUACCUCGAUCCUGGAUCUCAAAACUUCUUCAGUGCUCCCACGCCAUCUAUAGAACCUGGGGGAGAGUUAGGAUUUCUGGAAAUUUCGUCAAGCAUCACAGUGAACACGUUCCCGGUGGUUGAGCAAGAUCUUGGUCAGCCAAGAAAGUUUCUACCUGGAGAAUACAAGAAAGUUUUUGCAGUGAAGUAAGUUUUGGCCUAAUACGAAUAAUAUAUGUUGGGUACGCAAUAUUUCGCAAAGAGCACGUAAUAGUGUUGGGAAAACUAAUGAGGGAGGAGACUGGCUUACUUUCAAAUAUUGCAUAAUUGCGUCGUUUUCUAAAGAGUAACCGCGAUAGACUCUUUAUAUGAAGCAGUCUGUAUUGUGUAAUUCCCGUAAAUAUUCUUGGGUGUUCACAACGGCAGAACCAGGCAGAAAUCAUAAUCGUUAUGAUGAAAACCAAUGCCCAGCAUAAUGCAUGCAAAACCGUCAUAAUGUACGUUAAAAAUUUGAAAAUAUGUUAAAGGAUACAGUUCGAUCUGAACUUCUUAUACAGGAAAAUACAUUCCUAUAGGCACUCUUUAGUUUUGUGGGCUUUUUUAACCAGGCAGUGCAUUCAAUGACCUAAGUUACUUAGUAUGUAAGCUGUUUUUGUUAUCAUUACAGGUUGAAGAAGACAGUUCCCGUUGUGUGGGCAUUGGAGUAUCCAUUAUCUAACACAAGACAUUUUGUUAAAUAUGAUCCCAGUAAUGUACAAUAUCCAACGUGUUCUGGAAUUGAGAACUCAACACAAAUAGUAAGUAAUUGCGUGACAUCAUUUAUUGAUAAAUGCAAGGCAAAUUUAAUAAAUAGAUUUAUUAGAAGUAAAUGUUUGGAACACUACUGAAAACCUGACAUAGACAAUAUAUGUACUAUGUACAAUAUGAGCGGUCGUGUUGUAUGACCGUGUUGUAUGGGAUAUACAAACUCUAGACGAUGGUGAGAAUUUCUACAUUCCAUACAAGUUAUACAACACAUACGCGAAUGUUGUAAAUGGCUUGUAGAAUGUUUUGAUGAGAACAUUCGUAUUCUUUAAUAAUUUAAAAUAAAUGAAUGAUAUUUGGUGAGAAAAUUAAAAUCAGCAUUCUUCACGCUCAUGAUUUAUUUUGUGUUUCUUAAAUUAUUAAUGAGUUUCGUAAUAAUCGAACGGCCCGAAGCAUGACAGUAUAUUUACGAAUACAUGUGAACAAAAUCGCUGUAAACUACCACCACAACGUUAUAAAGAGAGUAUUUUGUAGGCUUACUAAUUUUGACCUUGAAGUCGACCUUGGAACGCCAAAUAUUUUGUGCAAAAUGUUUGAACGUUAAUAAAGCGAACGUUAAUAAAGCGAAUUGUUUUGUCGUUACGUUGUCAAGGCGGUGGCCAUGUUGAAAAGUAAAUAAAUUUAAAUUGCCUGAAUGAAAAGGCGUUGCUAUCAGAGUGCUUGCUAUACUCUUGUCAGCAACAGUUUUAAAACAACCUGGAAAAUAACCAGUUUGUGAACAUUUUCCAUUUCCGUAUAAUUUUAGCAACAAUCUUCUCGAAUCAUUGCCUAACGCCUUUUUUGUUUCUAUAUAAUACUUUUUAAAAUUGUUUACUUUCAUAGACGUCUUGGAUCUGUAUUCUUUAUGCUCAUAUAUUCUCCAUGCACAAUACUUGUCAAUAAAAAAAAUCCUGUUAAUUGGCCAUUUGCGUAAUAGACUAAAUUUUGAUCUAAACAGGUCUAGACAAAAAUUUCAUCACAGUUUGAAAGAGCAUCACAAAAUUAGUAAUAUUCCAAAGUUUCGUUGCGAAAUGUUGUAAAAUGCGGAUAAUAUAGCCUUUCGAAAUUUGCAAGUUUCAGUCACAAACUUUGCAAGGCUAUAUUAUCCGCAUUUUACAACCAGUUUCGCAACGAAACUUUGGAAUAUUACUAAUUUUGUGAUGCUCUUUCAAGCUGUGAUGAAAUUUUUGUCUAGAUCAAAAUUUUGUCUAUUACGCAAGUGGUCAAUUGAACUAUAAUAAACACAUCUCGUUCAAAGUCUGUCAAACCCUUGCAAAUGGCCUAGACAACAUUAAAAAAAGCCUUGACAACAAUAUAUAAUGCCAACGUUUUGAUACACUAUAUAGACGAGAAAUCUUUACGUUUGAGCGUUUAAACAUUUCGACCUAUUUGGCAUUCCCAAGUCGAGUCAAAAUCGCAAAAAAUGUUGAUUUGACUCUAAACUGUCCAAAUGAAUCGAAACGUAAAAAGUAGAGCAGUGUCAAAUUGUGAGUUUACCUAAGAUAAUGUGUGUCUAUUUCUUUUUUAAUAGGAGAUCAAACAGUGUUUAUGCCGUAAUGGUUUCUGGGAUAGCAGUUGUGACAAAGAAUGUCCAGGUGGAGCCUCGUCUCCAUGCAAUGGUCACGGGGUCUGCAACAAAACAACUGGAAUAUGUGUCUGCGAACCUAGAUGGCGCGGAAACGUGAAUUGCUCUGGUUGCACCCCUGGGUGGACUGGUGACGAUUGUUCAGUUAUCAUCACCAGGACUUCUAACUUCAGCGCGGUCUGCACAGGCUAUGGAGAUGUUAUAACACUUGACGGAGUUGGCUAUAGUGUUGAGGGAACUGGCGAGUAUAUCAUGUUUUCCUCAGCUGAUCUGGAAGUUCAAAUCAACAUCGUUCCCUGCUAUCAAUCUGAAAGGUGUAUCAACGCUGUUGCUAUGGAAUUAAUGACGUCAGUGAUAUCGAUUCACGCACCAUACCAAAAUGGUGGUGACUCAACGUUAUGGAUUGACAAAGUACAGUCAUUCUCUCUCAAAACAUUGUUUAAUUCAGAUCAAAAUACUUUCACCCUGGAAAGAUCGUCCUGGGGAAGUUUCAAGUUCUAUUCUGAGGGCCUACUUCUGGAUAUCAGAAUAUUUGGACGCUAUAUUGACCUUGCUUUCACUUUAACCAACGCAAAAUUGUGCUCACGCAGUAAAGGAUUAUGGGGCAGUUGUGAUAGUAACACCAUUAACGAUUUCAUCCCUAGAAACAGUUUCAAUAUUUCCCAAAAUUUCUCAACUAUCCACGAAAUCUCUCAAAGUUUCAUUAACACGUUUGUACGUUCUUGGAAAGUAUUGGGUAAUUCAGUCUCUCUGUUUAUAUUUAACACUGGUAGAGUAAACGAACCUCGUUUUAAAACUGAUGCAUUGUACAGUCUUCGUUUCAAAGAUACAGGUAUUACAUCCAGAAACUUGUUUGUUUUGGCUGGUGGGGAUAUUACCAUAGAGAUGAUGGUGAAAUCUGAUGGUAUCGAUGGUACCUUAUUUUCGUAUGCCACCACUUCGACUCUCGCUAUAGUUGUCAAGACAACCGUAAGGAUAUUUCAUGGUUCCCAAGAGUUUGAUACUUUCUUAAACCUACAACAAAACCGUUGGAAUCUGAUCUCCUUGAUUUGGCUUAAGAGAAACCGGAUUAUCCAGCUUGUGCUUAUCGACGACUCAGAGAAAACACAGGUUAGGAAUUUCCCAGUUAACAGCGACCAAGAUAUCUUCGCACCUGGCGGAACGUUAACCCUCGGGUAUUGGUAUCCUUCAGGAGGGGCAUCAGGAAGCUCGAUACCAGGAGGUUUUACUGGAGAGGUAGACGAAGUUCGUAUAUGGAACAAGCAAAGAUUCGUUACAGAGAUUGUAAGUUCGCGAGUUAAUGUUUUAGAUUGUGCAUCGAAGGAUCUUGCAAGUUUGUGGAAGUUUAAUGAAGGUCAAGGUAACCUAGCAACAGACUGCGUUGCAGGAGUUCGCUUCCAGUUCCCUGUGCGAGCGCAAGGACCAAUUUGGGUUUAUUCCAGUGCAACUUUAAAGUUGCAAAGUAACAAUAAAGGCAUCCUAACUGUGAAUGAAAAGUUAUCAGUGGAAACAGUAUGUAAGGAAGAAAUAUUUGGCGGGAGUUAUGGAAAACAAUGCAAUGUUUUGGACUCUAACGUAAAAAUAUUUUAUACCAUGGCAUGUUAUAAACUUGUUUUGAUUAGUAGAGAAAUCACGGAGCGAGUAUGGAGCGUUUUCACAUAUCUAGAUUAUUGUAAAGUGAGCUUGGGUGUAGAUAAGUGGCCUGGAGACAAAUACUGUGAUCAAUUGAAAAAAUUACAAAUACCGAAUUGGGUAAGCUUACAAUGUCAAAUGGACUGUUUGUUUGGAACUACCCUUAAGAAUGGCGACUGUCAAUGUGAACCCGGCUUCUAUGGCAAAAUGUGUGACCAAGAAUGCCCUGGAGGUUAUGCCACCCCGUGUGGAGGUUUUUGCGAGUGUAACAUACUUUCCGGUACAUGUGCAUGUCCAUUAAAUGCGAACCUCAGUAGUGACUGUCGGAGCUGUUCACCUGGGUGGACUGGGGAGAAAUGUUCUAUUGCGAUAACUAACAAUGCGAGAAGCCUGGACACGACUCCUGUGUGUCAGAGUUACGGUGGUGGACACUUCACGACGUUUGAUGGCAGCAACUACGACGUCAAAACCGCCGGAGAGUUUUAUUUAUUAAGAUCAAACAGCUUCAUCGCACAGAUCCGGCACGAACCUUGCAUGAACUCAAGCAGUUGUGUAACUGCGAUUGCAUUGCGUCUUGGGAAAGUCAACCUCACGUUACGUGCGUCAUACGAAGAGCAAGGAAAACCAUUGCUGUACAUUGAUCAAUACAAAACAGACUACACAGUACGGCGGUACGUUGCGGGAGGUUAUGAGUUCAGGCAGGAACAACUUGGAUUAUUCAGAAUCAGACGUGGAAGGGAACGCGUGCUUGAAGUCAGAGCACAAGACAAGUACUUGAGCUUUAGUUUAUUUAGUGGUGUCAAAACAUGUUGGAAUGUUUCUGGUUUGUGUUCUUCUUGUGAUAACAACACUGCAAACGAUUUUGAAACAACAACAUUACGUGGAAGAAAGAGGUCAACAGACAUUCCAAGACAAAGCAUUUCUACCUUUGUAGAAAACUGGAGUGUACUUCCACUGGAUUCAAUGUUUGUUUACAAAGAAAAAGAACAACGUGAAAUUUCGUCAUCGAACUAUUGUUUGCGGUAUUACGGAACAUCGGUUGACACACGUGCAAUAUACGGGUCAUUUACAACUAGUGAGAAUGUAACAUUUGAGUUCUUCGUUAAGAUCGAAAAGCAUGGUGGGACGAUUUUGUCAUAUGCUUCAGUAAAUACCUUCGGGAUUAUUAACGAUGUCACGAUAAAUAUUCAGUUUUCAAGUAAUGUUAUAGACACUGGGAUACGGUUGACGGCUGGACAGUGGUAUUGGUUGGCGAUAACAUUCAGCCGACGUACUAGGAUCAUGCGUGUAUAUUGUUUAGAUGCCGGUGGUUUAAUACGCCAGUGGACAAUGCUUGUACCGUAUGUCUUGUACACAAGUGGUGGAGUACUAUCUGUAGGACAUUGGCAAACCACAGGCAGUGGUUCUACUGAUGUUAAUAGAAAACCUUUCUUUGGCUACAUUGAUGAAAUCAGGAUCUGGGAUAUUACUAUUGAGGCCGCAGCUGUGAAGCAAAGUCGAGAGCGUCUUAUUAAGUAUCAAGCUACUGGUUUAGUCUCGCUCUGGUUGUUUGAUGAAGGUGAAGGAACGAUUGCGCAUGACAUAAUAGGUGGUAACGACUUACGGUUGCCAGUUGAACCGACGGUCCGUCCACGUUGGGUGUUCAGUUACGCUCGUACCGGCCGACCUGUAGUUUCCUACGACAAUAUACUCUGGAGCAAUAUAACAUUGAAAAUAGAAGCAGAAAAUCUUUGUAAGAAGUUUAUAAUAGAUACUUUGCAUAACGGUGAUUGUGGGAAUGUGUUGGGGUUAGCGCAUGCGCAAUAUUAUUACACCCGGUGUUUGGAUGAUGUAAAAGCUUCUGGCGUGGUAACGUCAGCAUUUCAGUCUAUCGUUAGCUACGCAGAUUAUUGUCGAAACAUCCUGGAACUAGAGACGUGGCCUCUUGACCGUUACUGUAAUGAAAUACCAAAGGAGUAUGUGGGUGUUGUGAAAGGUCCUCAUUGUAAUGUCACGUGUUUGUUUGGUGAAGUCACGUUUGAUGGUUGUGUUUGUUAUACUGGAUAUUGGGGCGAGAACUGCUCAACUGUUUGUCCGGAGGGCGCAGUCACUCCUUGUAAUGGUAGGGGAGUGUGUAAUUCAAGUACUGGGGAAUGUACAUGUGAUCACAACUGGCAGGGUAAUGAGAACUGUACGAUGUGCACCCCUGGUUGGGAGGGAAGAGAGUGUAGUGUGGCGUUAGCAACUCAUGGAAACGCAUCGUCUGUUGGGUUAACUGGCGGACAUUAUCAAACAUUUGACGGAAUAAGGUUUACAUUCUUCGCCACUGGGGAAUUCAAAGUCGUACAGAGCUCGGAAAUUGUCGUACAUCUUCGUCAAGUUCCAUGCCAAAACGGACGUUCCCGAUGUAUUGACGGUCUUGCGUUCUUACUGGAGAGCAAAGUGGAGUUGAUAAUACUAGCAUCAGUCCCUGGAACAGGUAACACCUUAUUAUUACAAAAGCAAGGGUUCUGGCAUAACUACUAGGCAAAAAUGCCAUCGUUAAACGUGUUUAUCCGACAUAUGUUGAGUAAAUAAAUGCCCAGGAUCGGUUCUUUUAAACAUGUAACUACUUUUUAACUACCCAAUUGGUAGUCAACUCUGAAAUACUGCCUCAUAAGUGAAUGUGUAAACAGUGAUAUUUUAGUUGAUGUGAAACUUACAGUAUUUAGCCAAUACCUGAACAAAAUUAGUAAAUAGUCUUGCAGGUUUAAUAACACUCUAAUUUUUUUUCGAAUACUCCUUCACAGAACAUCCUGUAUUUUGGCUAAGCAAGAAGAGGCUUGAACUCAACGAAAUUGUCACUUCAAUUGGAGAUAAGUUUACUUUGGUUCAAACUACAUCAGUCACUCUGGAGUUACGUUCACUGCUUUACGAAGUCGUGAUAAGAAUAAGAUUCACAGAGAGCGGACUGCAGUAUAUCAUCGUUGCUCCGAAGGAGGUAUGCGGGAUUUCGGUGGCAUUAGGUGGAAGCUGUGACGGUUUACGCAAUAAUGAUCAUAAUGGCACCUCAGGGACACCCUUGGAAAGACUUUUCCGAGUUCUUCCUGCACAAAGUCUGUUCUCGGCUGCGAUUGGCUACAAAGAUUUCUCGAAUUUCUUAACUGGUGCGGAAUAUGCUUUGAGGUUUACCGGCGUGGGGAUAACAACGGAUAUAAUUGGUGAAGUCUUUACCGAAAGCUACGUGACUGUGGAGUUGCUGUAUUUAAGUUUUGAUGGAAGUGGAACAUUGUUUACUUACAGCAAAGAAAAUAUUUUCUCUAUUGUUUUGGUCAAUGGAGAAUUUUGCUUCAGAAUGAAUGAUAUGUUUAAUCACAUAGGUUAGUGUUCUUUCCUUUUAAGCCCCGGUCAAACGAAAAUAAGGGUUGGGAGUUGCAACUCUCGCUCCCGUUGGACUGCUAACUCUCAUUCACUCUCAUCAACUCUCGUCAGCUUUGAAGUGGUUCAAUUUUUGAAAGUUGAUGAAAGUUGAUGAGAGUUUUCGCUACGCGUGCGGUAAUAUUCAGGGAACUCUCAUCAAUUCUAAUACAAUUCUGGUUAUCCUUUGUCCGAGGCAUGAAAGUUUGAAAAGAACUCUCGUACAGACUUUUACCUCUUAUCUAAUAACUCUUAUCAACUGUCAUUCUCGAUUUACCAUGGCUUUAGUACCAAUGUGUGCUUCAAUUAUCUAUAAUUUCAUUUUUACCGAGCGAACGCAGAAAUAAUCAGUUUGACAUAAAAGGAAAAGUGGGCAACAUUACAAUGCGGUCUACAGGAUUCUCAACUUUAGGAUUCAUUCUUAAAUUUAAAACUCAAACACGUUAAUGAUACGAAUUUCGCUGUUCAUUUUUCAAAACAAAUAGAUGGGCGAUACUCAUAGAUAGCGAUACUGUAUUUAAAUAGCCAACUUACUACCUUCUAGAUGAAGGGCCUUCAAUCGAUACGUGGAAUUUUUCUCACGUAAAUACAUCCCUAAUGAAUGUAGCAUACUGUCUUUGGAAAAAAACUUUAAACCACAAAGAAAAUAACCGCGCUGUUUCUGCCUUGCUAUAUGUGAUGUUCUUACUUGUUAUAUCCCUUUGGUAGACUUCACAAACUUUCUUCAAAUUAUUUAGGAAUAAAGACAUCACUGAAUGUGUGGAAUCAGAUCUCUGUUGUGUACAAUCGUGCAUUUGGACGUGUGCAUUUCUACCACAUAAACAGCCAAGGACACGUGACUAUCAAGUCGAUACAUACGCACCGCAAUAUGUUUGCCGCCGGAAGUAAAAUUGCUAUUGGACAAUGGAUUCCAGGAGGAAGUGUAGUUGUGACUAGGUCACCAGGUUUCCGGGGAAAGAUAGACGAGGUUCGUAUCUGGAACAGGCAGUUCUCUGGAGCAGAUAUCAGAUCUUCUUGGAGAGUGAACGUUCAAUAUUCUGCAAAAUAUCUGGCGGUCUUAUGGAAAUUCAACGAAGGACAAGGUAUCGUGGUAAAAGACAUUAAAUCUCAUGUUCACUUGUAUAUUCAAGAAGUUCAGCACAGCGUUGAGUGGGUGUAUGGUAGGGCUGUGGUGACUAUAUUACCAAUAGUCACUCCUGUUGCUACCAAGGAAAUGGUAGAGUGGUGCACAGCACAUAUCCUAAACUCCCCGGUCGGUCAGAAUUGCCGAACUCUCGGAGCUCCGAGUCGAACUGUCUACUAUCGCGCAUGUUUAGAGGUGACGUCAGUGAAUGGUGACGUCAUAUCAGGAGUAACUAUUGUGGUUGCUUAUUCAGAUUACUGUCAAGUUUCUCUGGGUCUAAUCACAUGGCCUGCACGUACACUUUGUAAUUACCCAUUAUUCCUUGCCUCACCACAUAUUCCAUGGACUGGGUCUGUUUGUCAACAGGCUUGUUACUUUGCUACAAGAACGGCAUACCGCUGCACAUGUUUACCAGGUUUCUACGGCACAAGUUGUUCUAGUGUUUGCCCAGGUGGUAUCACAAGUCGUUGCUAUGGAAAUGGCGCGUGCUCUCAAACAACGGGCCGCUGUACAUGUAACUAUAAUUGGUAUGGCUCAUCUUGUAAUCGCUGUAGACCUGGCUAUUACGGAACCGACUGUUCGUUAAAUAUCGGAGGCAUUAUAUCCACCGGGAGUAAGACCUCGAUAUCUUUAUCCGGAAAUGGUCAUUUCAUUGGUUUGAGUGGCGCUGCUUGGGUUUAUCGUGGUACUGGCGAAUUCAACGCGAUCGUAUCUAGAAGAUUGGGUGUUAGCGUUCAACUUCGUCAAGUAAUGUACGGUACAGGUGUAAGAGUUCGUUGUGCUGUAGUUCAAACUGCGGUAGGAGUAUUGGCCAUUCAUAGUGGAGUACAGACAGGAGUUACAAUUACUCUCAAUGGAAAGCCUAUAGAUUACAACAAACACAUUUCAAUUGGAUCCGGCUUUGUUUACCGCAAACGUUCUCAUAAUAAACUGGAAAUCAGCGGACCUGAAGGCUUCACUAUGCUGCUCUACUAUAGACAAGUUUACUUUGGUGUUCAAAUUACUAUGGAUAAAUCAUUUUGUCGCGAUACUUGUGGAUUGUUUGGGAAUUGUGGGAACUCAAAAAAUCUUAAUUGUACAUCAGCUGGGCUUCUGGAACGGUUUAACAAGUCAACGAUACGUCAACAGGAUAUUGAUGAGUUUAUCAGCACGUGGUCAAUUCCUAGAAAUGAAAGUCAGUUCCAAGACGUUCUGGCAGUUGCUAAGGAAACCAAUAUAAUUACAGCAGCUGGCACGUGCUUGUUCUUUUCUAAGAAUUCUAUCAUUACGCCGCCAUUUGUGGACGUGUUUCGUGGAAAUUAUCUCACCAUUCAAUUUCAUCUUAAAGUUAAAGAACUCCAUACUGAUGGGACAAUAUUUUCAUUCGUUUUGAAUACAAACUUCGCUUUCAGAAUAAACGGAACUUUACAAAUUCAUUUUGGAGUAAAGAUUUACGAUACCAAUAUCUUUCCAGAACUGGACAAUUGGAAUCAUAUCACGUUUGUUUAUCAUCGUGUUGUUGGAAUACUUGAGGUGUAUGUUAGAAAUUCUGUGAAAAUAUUGGUAACGAGAGCGAUAAAUAUUGGGACGGGAGCUUUUGAACCCGGGGGUAAGCUUGCACUCGGUCUUUGGCAGGCUACAACCGGGGUGAUCACCUCCCCCGGAGGGUUUGUUGGCAGGAUUGAUGAACUAGUGAUCUGGAAUAAACGUUUUGAUGUCGCCUUGAUCGACAACUAUGUUGGUGUUAGUAUUGUGCAAGGCAUCGAGGGUGUGGCAGGGUUAUGGAAGUUCAAUGAAGGAACAGGGUGGAUUGCAAAUGAUCUAGUGGGGUCUCUGCAUUUUAAUCUCCCCAGACCUCCCUGGAAUUCACCGGCGUGGAUGCCAUCUGAUCUCUACAUUGCUGUACAAUCUGAAGUGAUAUCUAGGCCUGCGACACGCGACAAUAAAACAGCGUCACUUUGUGGGAAGAUAUUUAGUUCAACGUCAUUGAAUGAUUCAUGCGGGCAAAUGGAUGAAAGAAAAGAGUUUUCAUAUGAAGCAUGUUUACAAGACGUGGAGUCAAGUGGUUUUAUUGACGCUGGAAAGGAUUCUGUGAUGUCAUAUGCUAGAGAAUGUCAGGUCGCGCGAAAUCUCACCAACCUCCCUGGAAACGACUUGUGUGACGUCUUCACUGACGAGCGUUACGACGACUUGUCAGGAACUGCGUGUGAUAUUAUAUGUAUUUUUGGCACCAUCAAAAACAACACUUGCCGUUGUGAUGAUGGAUUUUGGGGAGGUAUGUGUUCACAAGAAUGUCCGGGGGGUGCGUCCAAUCCUUGUAAUAGACGCGGGAAUUGUGAUGUCAUCUCUGGCUUAUGUAUUUGUGACCGGACUUGGCGUGGUGAUUUUGGUUGUAACAGGUGUACUCUGGGAUGGAUGGGAAGUGAGUGCGCAAUAGCUGUACCCAAGUCACUUCAACCAACAACCUCGGUGACUGCGGCGGCAGGAUCGGGUGGAAUUCUAAUUGCCGGUGACGGGACGAUAUUUCGCCUGCAUGGAGUUGGGGAGUUCACGAUUUUGAAAGGAGAAAAUGUUGAUGUUCAAGUACGUCAAGUGCCGUGUCGUAAUGGAAAAUCUCUAUGUUUUAAUGCUGUGGGAGUGUCGGUGAACUCCGCCAAUAUAAGUAUUCAUGCCCCGUAUGGAAAUGGUGAAGAUCUUGUUAUCAAUAUUAAUGGCAUAGUUAUAGAUAAAAAUGAUAUAAGUAAAGCUGGUUUGGCUGGAGUUAAUAUCACUUUCUCAGGUCCAGAUGAAGUACAAGUUAAUUAUGGAAAUAAGCUGGGAAUUGGAGUAAUCAUCAAUGGACAGCACAUCACUUUAGAAACAACAAUCUCGACAGCAUUGAGCAAGAAACUUGGCGGUCUUCUUGGCUCAACAUCUCGCAAUACUACUGCAUCUUCAAAUAAUACAUCCAUACCUUCUUUAAAAGAUUUACUUAAUGCGACUGAUAUCAAUGAAGCUGUUCGUAAAGUGUUUGGGCUAUCUCCCUCAUCAACUCGGGUGAUCAUAUUAGACAAGAAACGACACGAGACUGUUGUGGUUUACGCUGGAGGUUAUUCCCUGUUUUUCAAAUUCACUGCAAUAUUUUCAAAACCGGUUGCACACAUAUUUAUUCAGCGUGUGAUUACGUUUGAAAUCAUGGUAAAAAUAAAUUGUGCGCCUGCAAUUUGUGGAGGACCCAUCUUGUCGUACACUUCAUCUCAGAUGUUUUACAUAUCGACUUACUCCACCUUGAGAGUGAUCAUCGGGACCCAGGUCUAUGAUACAGGUUUGCGGGUUGAAGUAAAGCACUGGAACCAAGUAACAAUGACAUUCUGGAGUUUGAAACUUGAAAUGACAGUUUGUCUUACAUUAUCGCAGGGUGUAUUGCUACGUAAGUCUUUCAAACUCAUCACAAAUCCUUUCUUGGCCGGAGGAACUAUUGCUAUCGGCGCAUGGCAACCUUCGCCUAACGGUCAGCGUGGAGUCAUGCCUACUACGACCUUCGUCGGAGAAAUUGAUGAAUUUCGAACUUGGAACCGCGCAUUUGAUUAUGCAUUACUACAACAACAUUGGUUAGUGAAUCUAGCGCCUGAUAUUGAUGGUCUGACUGGGUUGUGGAAAUUCAACGAAGGAGUAGGAGGUGUAGUUAAUGAUCUUGUGGGAAAUAAUCAUCUGUAUUUCCCUGGUGAGCCGUGGAAUAAACCUGUAUGGUACUACUCAGAUCUACCGAUCCCUUAUAUGGGCAUUUCCAGGUCUAAUGUAGACAAUAAUAUCAACCAGCUGGCGAAUACGUCGUGUUCCGGAGUCUUCCGAAGAGGUCCUUUGCUGAAUUAUUGCUCUAGAUUACCUUCUAUAAUACGCGGACAGUAUUAUGAUAUGUGUGUUGAAUCAGUAACUGAUACAGGACGAAAUACCAGCAGUUUAGAAAGUGUCUUGCUAUACUCAGACUAUUGCAUGAAAACAUUGAGUCUUCACCUUUGGCCAGCACAGUCUUUAUGUAACAAAUUCCCUGGAGAGGUGUUUCCAAAAUGGAUUGGUAAAAACUGUGACAUUCCUUGUGUAUUUGGCAUGAAAGAUAAGGACAAUCCUGAAAAAUGUAAAUGCAACUUUGGUUACUGGGGAGUGGCAUGUGAUCAAACUUGCCCGGGCGGAACUAAGUCCCCAUGUACGAACCAUGGCACCUGUGAUCCAAUCUUCGGUAAAUGCUUAUGCGAGUUGGAGUGGACUGGUACCGACGACUGCUCCACCUGCGCCGCUGAGUGGACUGGGGGCGAUUGUUCAUUUGCUGUAUCAAAGGUGACUAUAAUUAGUGGUGGUAUUCGAUUCUCUGGUAUGUUUGGUUUGUCAUUAUUUACAACUCUCGAUGGUCACAGCUUUACUUUGAGCGUUAUAGGAGAAUAUUACCUUUUCUAUUCUGUACAUAUACAUUUCUCAGUUCAAAUUCGCCUUGUUCACUGCUACGGUAUUUCAUCCUGCGUCAACUCAAUCGCUUUCAGUACAGCUAGCCACACUUUAGUUCUACAUGGUCCUUAUACAACCAAUCGCUAUCCAGUUAUAUGGCUUGAUGGCUCACUUAUCGAUUUAGACCUCCAUCACGUGACGACUUCACUGUAUGGCUUCUCUCUUCGGAAAGAUUCGAUAUCCGUAUAUAUCUUCGAGUAUUCUUCUUUCAAAAUAUCCAUUCGAGUGCGAGGUCGGUACCUCAAUCUAGUAUCAAAGGUUUCAGGUGCAAUCUGUGACAAUUCGUAUGGUAUACUGGGAUCAUGUAAUAGUCCAUUCCUGGCUAGUCUGGAUCCUGGUUUUCCACUCACUAACUGCACGGAUAAAAACGACACCUCUGUAAGGGAAAGUCUUGCCGCGAAUGAGUAUGACAUAAAGAAUGUGACGACCGAGGCAAUCGGAAAACUGGUACAGAAUCUUAAAGUUCAUUCGUGUGACAGCCUCUUCGUGUAUCGUUACGAGUUAUACCACGAAUAUCGAAACUCUAAUGCAGGAUACGCGUUACACUUCCAUCAAACAGCUGUUGUCUCGGGCUUAGUACAGCAACCCUUUGAACACAAUGAUAUCACCGUAGAGUUUUACGUGAAACUCAGCAGUAUUGGUGUGAUUUUCAGUUACACAAAGUUCAAAACAUUGGUUUUCACUGCCACUUCAACUCAUUGCACUAUAUAUUUUGGAGACAGGAAAUUCGUUACUAAUAUUGCAAUACAGCUCAACCACUGGAAUCAAAUUGCAUUCGUGUUUAGGAAACUAACGUCAGUUUUACAACUUUACCAUUUCGACUACCAAGGACAACUUACAAGACAGGAUUUGGUUAUAGGUGAGGACAUUUUCCCACCCGGAGGAGUGUUAGCUAUAGGAGCUUGGCAGCCCUCUGUGGAUGGAUCUGGGCCACAACUCCGAGGUUACUUUACCGGGUAUGUAGAUGAAUUUAAGAUCUGGACAAUGGCUUAUCACCCUGCUGUAGUUAGCCAAGCUUGGUUGAGAAAGGUGGGUGUAAAUACAAAGAACUUGGCACGACUGUGGAAACUUGAUGAAGGUGAAGGUUUUAUUGCAAGAGAAGAUAUAACAGGAAGUGUACUGAGUUUAGAAACAUCUCCAUGGCGAAGUCCCACUUGGGCUUACUCACAAAUUAAACUUAAACCUGCAUUACCUGGGACAGCAAGUACAACUCUUCCUUUCAACCAAACAUUUGAAGAGAUAGCCAAGUCAUUUUGUACCGAGAUUAUUCUUGAAGGUCCUUUGAAAUCAUCAUGUAACCUUUUGGGACCAGCAGUAUCAACGUAUUACUUCAAGGCUUGCGUGAGUGUUGUUAUGACAACAGACGAUGUUGCAGCAUCCCUAGACAUAGUGAUCGCAUACUCCGAUUAUUGUCAAUCUAUCCUUGAGUUGUCCACGUGGCCCGCUCGACUAUUGUGUAAUAAAUACCCUGGGAAGGAGUUUCCGAUAUGGUACGGAAGUCAGUGUGAUAAAAGGUAAGUACUGACUGACCUACACAAUACAGUAAAACCGCUCUUAUAAGAACCUAGAUUUUCCAAGUUAAGCUCAACAGGUUCUUAUGUAAAUGGUGCUUACCAGGAAAUUAGGCUAAACAGGUUCUUAAAUAGGUGCUUAAGAAAAAGCGUCUCAUUUUAGGGAGGUAUGGUAUAUCAUUUAUAUAAAUUAUGCACAAAUGAUCUAAAAAAUGACAGCGCAUACACCACGGGCUUUAGGACAAAUUCAAUUUGACAACAAUAGUAUUUUAUCUAAAUAGCAGUUAAAAUAAAGUGUACAGCACCUGAACUGUUCAAUAUCUUGCUUCUAUAUCCAUAAAACAUUUACAUAUUUAUAUGCAAAUACUGUAUAUUUUCAAAAACCGCCAUAUUUAUUUACAUUAGAACCCAAGCUUUCGUGGUUCACACGAAAAAUUACGUCGGUGAUUUUCACUAAUAAUAAGAGGGUAGGAUUAAAGUGGGCGUUCUCACUCGCUAACCCAAUCAGCUGUCUGGGUACUGCACCACGUGACCUGUUCAAAUCGUUCCGAGCGGGAGGAAUCUUAUGACAUCAUAACGGCUUCGAUAAAAUAUUUUGGGGACUUAGAAGCAAGAUAUUGAACAGUUCAGGUGCCGUACACUUUAUUUUAACUGUUAUUUAGAUAGAAUACUAUUGUUGUCAAAUUGAAUUUGUCCUAAAGCCCGUGCAUACAUUAUACCAACCCUGUAUGCACUUUGUAACUUAUGACUUAAUUUUGACUGUAUUUGAUAAUAUAUAGGUUCUUAAAUUCUGGGUUCUUAUUUCCGAAAUGUAGCGUAUGUAUAUUAAAAUUAGAACUUCAGAGCUCACGCGAGCUGGUAACACAGUGGUAUAGUACUUGCGCCUUUAAUCUCUGUUACCGUUGUCUGUUGUCUGUUGUCUGUUGUCGGAUUGUAAUUUACCUUAAUGCUGUGCGAAGACUGCUAUCAUUUUCAGUCUACCAAAUACUGUGGACCAAUUAACAAGAGCCUAAGUUGUCUAUGGGCGAGUAGCAUUCAACCUUCGCAUACUUGCCCUGUGCCUCUUUUGUUUACUUUUUGCCAUUGUUGGCAAAAAUUUUCUUAUUAAAUAUCAUGUACAUGAAAAUACAAUUUUAAACAGACCUUGUCACAGUCAUGAUAUUGAGGGGAAAAUACAAACGAAGUUUUGAUAAUUAUAAGAGAACUGAACAAGACGUCAGAACUUAAGAGAUAUUUUAUAAAUUUUACGCAAAGUAAUUUUAAUGCCGCCAAAAUUGACAAAAUACAUGGCAAAAUGGAUGUGAGAAACAAUACUAUCACCUGAAAUCCAUGGAAAAAAUUUAACUUUUAAAUUUCGUCGAAAAACUCGAAAGCUAUAAGGAAAGAAUUUUUAGGCGGGAAAUGUCGAAGCACACAAAAAGCAUUUAAAAAAGAAGAAAAGCCUUAAAAGUAAUAACUAUUAUUACUUAUAAACAUAAAAUCACAUUUCAGACAAGAUAACAAUUGAAAGACCAAAGGCAGCGCAAAAAUUCGCGUAGAAUGUUCAUUGUUCUAAACCUGGUUCUAAAUGUCGAUUGUUGUAAAACUCGCCCUAUUCCUCUUAAUUAAGUUUGUCGCGCGGCGCAAGCGCCGCCAUAUUGAAAAGCAAUUGAUAGUAAUAUAUAAUAACUAGACUGUGUACAGACGUUACUCUCGACAAAGCGCGCGAGAGAACGUCUGUGAGUUGGAUGAAGAUUCCUUGUUCUGGUCACGUGGAUUUUCCUCAGAUUUGUGGAAAGGCCUCUGAUUGGACAGUGCUUUAUUUGAAUAAUAUAUGACAAAUGAAGAUAUUUCAUUGGUUAAUUGAUAAUUAGCAUGCGUUUAAAAUAACAACACAAUAAUUUUAAAUUCAGAGAUUUCCUCAAGAAUCAAGAUUUCCUUCGGGGUAUACAAAAGUUUGAAAGACUUGAAAUAUAAUCUGAAAAAUUAACGAUACACCAGAAAUAUAUUGCAUAUAUUUCUCGAUGAAGAGAUUUGUUUUGAAUGCGAACAAUGCUGAACGAUGAUCAUAGCCGGCAAGUUCGGUGUACAAGCUCAGUUCUUGGCGUACAUAUGGCGUAUAUUUGUUUACAAAGACUAAGUAUUAAAUAUAAACACAACUGGUUAUUCAAAAGGUGCAUUUUAAUUAAUGUAAUUAAAAUUCACUGCCCAAGUAAGACAAAGUUAAACACAUUAAUGAAAAUGCUUUAUUGCGGGGGAUCGGGACAUAUAAACAGAUUGUCAAUUUAUUAAAUUGUCAAUUAUAAAUUGUCAAUUUCCGUCCGAUAGUUUGUUGUAUUUUAUAUAUUUGUCAGCAUUGUUCGCCGAGUGUCCAAACACUAGAAUUUUAUCUUGAUUUUCUUAAACUUCGAUACAGCACAAAAUUAAACGCAACAGAUUAUAUUUCAAGUCUUUCAAACUUUUGUAUGCCCCGAAGGAAAUCUUGAUUCUUGAGGAAAUCUCUGAAUUUAAAAUUAUUGUGUUGUUAUUUUAAACGCAUGCUAAUUAUCAAUUAAUCAAUGAAAUAUCUUCAUUUGUCAUAUAUUAUUCAAAUAAGCACUGUCCAAUCAGAGGCCCUUCCACAAAUCUGGGGAAAAUCCACGUGACCAGAACAAGGAAUCUUCAUCCAACUCACAGACGUUCUCUCCCGCGCUUCGUCGAGAGUAACGUAUGUACACAGGCUAAUAAUAACAUGCUAUGUUAUGCUUGAUAUGUUAUUAUAUAUUACUAUCAAUUCCUUUUCAAUAUGGCUGCGCUUGCGGCGCACGACAAACUUAAGAGAGGAAUAGGGCGAGUUUUAACACCGAUCGACAUUUAGAACAUUCUACACCAAUUUUUGGGCUGCCUAUGGAAAGACCAGCAAAACAUAUGAUUAAGUACUAAUUUCUACAAGCAGCUGUAGUUUCAACUGUUUUGCUUGUAGCAGUUCCGUCUGUCUUCUUGUCACAUUUUGUGGCAAGUAGCAGCAAAUUUAUUAUCAAAACAAGGUUUAAAUUUUGCUCCCUAGUAUUAAACGUCUUCAGGCCAUAUUUUUGUAGGCUUUUUUGGUUCUUCGGGGAAAUAAUUUUUUGCAAAAUGCCCUUCGCAAAACAAAGGUUUUCUGGUAACUUUUUUCUCAAUUGUGGUCCGAACGUGAUAUUCCAUGGUCGAGUAGCCAAUCAGAAUGCCGUAUUUUGUAAUAGACCCUGGUCGAGUGUAUUAUAAUAGAAUUUGGUACUACUACUGCUGUUGUGAUCAUUAGUUUAAAAUUGUUAAGUCAAAUAUUCUUAUUUUAAAGGUGUCAUAACCGUGACUAUAAAGCAUCUGCUGUCACAUGUAUCUGUCGACGUGGUUACUGGGGCUCAGAGUGCCAGAACGUAUGUCGGGGCGGAACAUUGCACCCUUGUAAUGACCACGGGAUAUGCACCCCAACUACAGGAGAGUGCCUUUGCUAUGAUAACUGGAGUGGAUCACGUGAUUGUGGUGUAUGUACAAGGAAUUGGAAAGGAGUCGAUUGCUCAUUGGCUGUGGUUAGACAUAUCUCAUCAGUCCAUGUGCAUAUAUUUGCUGUUGUUGACAUCACAGCUCACUAUGUCACAUUUGAUGGUAUGGCUUUCCAUCUUGCUGUGGUUGGAGAUUAUUAUCUAUUCCGAACACGUCUGUAUAUAGCUGACUACGUCACAGUUCAAGUCCGUCAUGCACCUUGCGUAUCACAAAGUGUAUGUAUCGUAGCUGUUGCAAUUAAACUGUCGAGCACACAUCUUGUCAUUCAUGCACCAAAAACAAACCAAGAUCAACCUUUAAUUUGGAUUGACAAUAAGCAAGAAAACAUCACUCAGACUCGGUUUGGAACGGGCAAUGCUGAAUUAGUGAUAACCAUGGAUGCUCCUUCAAAAUACACCAUAAAACACAAGGAUGUAUUUUCUUUAGGAGUUCGUGUCGUUGGUACUGCUCUUUCAUUGAAUGUAGAUCUUAAUAAGUCUAACUGUAGUGCGCAUGGAAUCCUAGGUAACUGUGACGGUAACCCUGAGAAUGACUUGCCUCUUGGAAACGCAACUGUCCUUGGCAACCGAAGUAUUGCAAUUGGUAACGUAAGUCAAGGAGUGUUAAACAACGAUUUGGUAAAAUAUUACGAAGUUGAUAUUAAGGACAGUUUAUUUGUUGUUGUCGAUAGUUUAUACUUGAGAAGAAUUUUGUAUACUGGUGCAAGGUACGCUCUGCAUUUCAACCAAAAUGGAAUAAUUUCACAAGCGUUGUUUAAGACAUUCAAAACUGGUACAGACGUCACAAUAGAACUGCUUUUCAAACCAUUUUCCAAUGGAACUGUAUUGUCUUAUGCUUACUACAAAACGUUUGGAAUAAUAAUACAUAAUACCCUUCAGCUCGAAUUUGGCCGCGCCUGGUCCAAAGACACUGGAAUCUACAUCGAGGUGAACACUUGGUAUCACGUGUCAAUUACAUGGAAUCAAAAUCUUCAGUUCCUUGAAAUAUACGUAAUUACGAGAAAUGAGGUUAUUCAGCGAAGACAGUUUAACAUCCCGGAGAAUCCUUUCCGCCCUGGCGGCAUUCUAACGCUCGGAUAUUGGGAACCGUCAUCUGGUGAUACGGAAAUUCGUAUUCGCAAUGGCUUUACCGGAGUAAUCGACGAAUUACGAGUAUGGCAUCGAGUGUUCAACCCUGUAACUAUUCAACAAAACUGGAGAAUGAAUGUACUUCCAAAUACACCAUCUUUAUCUGGACUAUGGAAAUUUAACGAAGGUUCGGGAGAUACUGUUCACAACCUAGUUACCACCGAACAUUUGUACCUACCGUCGGAAGUAUGGUCCACGGCGAUAUGGAUUCUCUCUGAUGCAGAUAUUGCAUUGAACUUGAGUAAUGUUGACAAACCGUUCGAGAACAGUUUUGUAAAUCAAACAUUGAAUGAUUCGGCUGUAGAGUGGUGUAAUGCUCUAUUCUAUCGCGGACCUGUGGACAACUAUUGCAAAAAUCUUGGAGCAAUUGUGGAGUUUUAUUACUUGACUUGUGUUCAAACCGUUGCAAGGACCACCCAAUUGGCGUCAACGCUAUCUGUUGUAGUUCAGUUCUCUGACUAUUGUCAAACGUCUUUGUCGUUAUCCAACUGGCCAGCGCGAGAAUUGUGUAAUCACUUUGGAGAUACUAAGUUUCCUUACUGGAUUGGUGAGAGAUGUGACAUACCUUGCCUGUUUGGAAACAGAGAUCCUAAGAAUAUGACCAAAUGUCAGUGCUACCAUGGUUAUUGGGGAAUUGACUGCUCAGAAAUAUGUCCAGGUGGGUACACCAGUCCUUGUCAUGGGCAUGGCGUGUGUAACCCUAGUGAUGGCGUGUGCACUUGUGACGUCAAUUGGAGAGGUGAUGCCAUGUGUUCAGCAUGCAGUUCUGAUUGGUUUGGUGAGCUAUGUCAAUAUGCUGCCACAAAACAUCUCAUAUUUAAAACAUUCUCUAUCGCCUCUAUCAAAGGUCAAGGAUACUUCACAAAUUUUCUCGGAAUUUUGUUCUAUCUUCCAAUUUUCGAAGAAUUUUACCUAAUUCGGUCGACAUCGUCGCAAUUUGCCAUACAACUUCGUCAAACACCGUGUAUGCAUCGUAGCUUAUAUCGACCGCUAUGCACGACGGGUAUCUCUAUACGGUUCAGCGUUCACCUGACUGUCACGAUCAGAUCACGUGUGACUAACAUAAACAUUUAUUAUCCUCUCGUGUGGACCAAUGGGAAACCUAUUAUAGUUGACCAUGUGACCUACUUCAGUGCAAGUAUACGUAUGACAAGAAUUACACUGAACCGUUACGAAAUAACUGGACAAAAUGGACUGCUGUUUAUACUGACCGUGGGCCAAAGUCUUUCAAUUCGUCUUCGAAUACCAACAUCACUUUGUGAACAUUCUACUGGAAUCCUUGGUCCUUGUGAACAGCGCUUAUCUUACCAAAAUACGACUGAUAUUCAAGUUCUGAAGAAUGCAAUCACAAACGGAACAGUUGACCAAUCAGAGAGCUUAUUUGUCUACAAACAUGAAAAUUUUCACGAAAUCAGACAUGUCACUGGGGCAUGGUUUAAUCUGCGCAUGAACGAUAGUCAUAUUGUUUCAGACACCUUGUUGCUGGGUAACCAUGACGUUAUCACAAUCGAGAUAUUUGUGAAGACCAAGAGUUACGGUGGGACAUUACUAUCGUACGGUAAAGAAGAGUACUUAAGCCUUACAAACGAACAAGAUAUACGUGUGGUGUAUGGGUCGGUGGAGUUCAGAACAGGACUGAGACUUAGUCUGAAUAGUUGGUCACAAAUAACGUUGGUAUGGAUAAAAUCAUCAUUUGUGCUGCAAGUUUAUUAUCAUGAUUAUCUCACGUCGUUUGGAUUGCCUCUUCUAAGAACUUACCAGUUUAAUUCACAGAUAUUCGCUAGUGAAGGUAAGAAGCCAAUUAAACAAAUUUUCAUCUCUUUUCUCUCUAGAGUGCUAGAGUGAAACCCUAUUAAGCGGACACCUUUGGAACGUUAUUAACAUACCAGAACUUUAUCUUAAUUAAAAGGGGGGAUUGACUGUAUAUAAUUUUACUUUUUUCCUUCUUUCGUUUUGUUGAAAACGUUUAUGGCCGACAUUUUAAAAAUAGAUUGAACCAUCAACUACUGUGAUUUUUGCCCAAUAUUUUGCAUCUCCACUUUACUCGAAAUCAUUCUUUCUCCUUUGUUAAUUAAUCAAUUAUUCAUGAAAGGUCGUUACUUUAUAUUUUCCAGGUCGUCUUUACAUUGGUUCAUGGCGUGCAGCAGAAACAGCAACAGUGCAGGUCCCAAGGGGUGACUUUAAUUGCGACAUAGAUGAAAUUCGAGUCUGGAACAGACGAUCAAUUCCUGAUCUGAUCAAACGUCACUGGAAUAUCAACGCUUAUGCCUCACUACCUGGCUUACUGCAUCUCUGGAAACUUGACCAAGUGGAAGGAUCCAGUGCAGUAGACGGCAUCUCAGGAAAAAAGCUAUAUCUCCCACUCUUCAAUAAGCCUUUCUGGGAUUUCUCAGACCUUCCAAUUCCAAGAAACAGUUUGGAUAACAAAGCAGUGUUCCCGAACUCUACACUCCAAGUCCUUGCUGAAGAAUUUUGUCACUCUGUUAUACUAGCUGGCCCUCUUUACGAUAACUGCCUUGCUCUUGGAACAGCGGUUGCUGGGUUUUAUUACAAGGUGUGUUUACAGGAUGUUGCCUCGAUACAAACCGUUGCUAUAGCAAUAGAAGCAGUGAUUGCGUAUGCCGAUUAUUGCGAGGAUGCCCUGGAUCUAGAUUUCUGGCCUGCUCGUGAGUUAUGCGAUCUUUUCUCCACCGAGUACUUCCCGUAUUGGAUUGGACCUAAAUGUAAUACAUCUUGUAUAUUUGGAAGACCUGGCAUACAGAAUGGAUCCUUAGUGUGCGCCUGCGAACAUGGGUAUUGGGGAGAAGCGUGCGAUGGACUAUGCCCAGGAGGACUAUGGGAUAUUUGUAGCAAUCAUGGGACAUGUGAUCCCAUGAAUGGCACAUGUUCAUGUGAUCCAAGAUGGAGGGGUGACAUCAAGAACACAACUUCCGGUAACGUGACUUUGUCCCCAAUGCCCUGCUCGAUGUGUACCUCAGGAUGGCAAAAUCAGAACUGCUCAAUUGGUGUUGAAACUGAAUACUCGAACUCAAGCUUCCUGAGUGACACAGCCAUUUGUGUAGCGUUUGGCGACCCUCAUGUGACAACAUUUAGCCGAGCUAGUUAUAAUCUGGGUAUCACAGGGCCGUUUCAGGCAUUCAAAUCUCGAUCUAGUGUGAUGGACGUGUUGCAGGUACCGUGCGAAAACUCAGCAAGAUGUAGGAGAAUACGGGAGAUCGCGUUGUCAUCUCAAUCUUUCAAUAUUUCAGUGAGAAUGUCAGAUGUAGGAGUGGUUUUCACCAAUCUCAGCUCUAACAUGGUGUCUGAUACUACUUUAAGGUAACUAUACGUUUUUUACAAUAUUUUGUCUGUUAGCCAUAUGGCAUGCUCUACACUUAAUUAAUCUGAUGCAGUAGACGCAAUAUACGAAACGCGAUCCUAAAUUUGAGCAACUCCUGUGGCGAAAUCAAGCGUGUUAAUCCUGGAGGGAUGGCAGACGCAUCCCUCUCCCGCAUUAUGGACAUUCAUAUAAAGAAUUAUCAUAAAUGAUACCCAUUUGCCGGCCCCGUUCCCUCGCUUUCUGGAAUUACUGAGUAUUUUAUGAAAUACACAACAACGGUCAGUGGCGUAGCCAGCACGACCAUUCAGUCCCGCUAUGCAAAUAUUGCCAUGUUUAUAAACUAUCAACACAAUCAAUUUCUAAAGAAAUGAAUAAUGAGUUGAAAUUUGCAUGGCGGGACCAAAUCGUCGAGCUGAUUACGCCACUGACAACGGUAACUUAAUUCCUAUAAAUUCAACAACUAUAUUCAUAAAGCACAAUUUCAAGUUUGCAACGAAGUAUGAAUUAGUGAAUUUUGCAUUUCGGCAUUAGCUGUGGUAAAAUAUGUUUUUACUCUAAACAUAUACUUUUUGUGAUAUUAAUAUUGAUAUGGUUUGUUUACCUUUUUAAUCGUAUUCGUAUUUUUCUUUCUACAAGUUGUGUAUUUAGAUCAGUUUUGCAUAUUGUUUAGCAUAUUCAUAAGUUUAUUUUUCCCGCCUUUCGUUUUUUUGUUUACUCGUCCCAUUUUCCUGAGCACUUUUAAAUUCUGUGACUGAAAAGGGUCAAAAGGUUCUACCACCGUACCCAGGUCAAAUGGAUCCUAUUAGUCAAGGCAGUAGUCACUGUGCAAUUUUUCCAGCUUCUUGGGCCACAGUAAGCAUCUCAAUUUUUGUAUGGAAAAAUUUCAUGUUCAAAAUUUCGAAGCCGCCAUAGCGACGCGGUCAAGUGCUGCUGUCAAGUAAGAUACGAUUUUCUUGCAUUAUUACUGAUAUAAUAUCUAAAUAUAUACACAUAAAGGAAAACAUAUAUCUUGUCUUUCAGAUAGGCACAUAAAGUAAACAAAAAAAUAUGAUUUCAAGGUUUUUACAUAGGUAUUUUUCGACUUCGUAGUUGCGAAAGCAGUUUUGUUGUAAACAAAUUGAAUCUUAAAUUCUAUAAACGAUUGCAAAAAAGGUCAAAAAACUACCCGAUGAAAUCUUGCAUAAUGAAUUUUGCAUAAAAAAUUUAUAAUAAACAUAAUGUACAUCAUAACUCUAAAGUUUAAUACCAUUUGGCCGUUUGCUCGUUGAAAAAAAUCAAAAUGUUUGCCGUCUACGUAAGAACCGACGAAGUAGACACGCACGUCUAUAGUUUUGAAGUUGACAUAUUUCGGUUAUGAACGUUACAGAAACAUUUUUCGGCACUACAGCGAUAGCUAACGAUCUGUGUAGCACAAGAAAAACUGGUAUCUCGGACAUCGCGUCAAAAACUGCCUAGUUACAAUCCGUUUUAAUGAAGCUUGUUGAAAAUUUUAAUUUUUUUGUUUUCUUCGAGAACUCCUUGUUGUGCACGCUAGGCCCCAGGCCUAAAGCGCAUCACACAUGUUCAGCUGCCUCACUGGCGUUUCACCGCCCAUUCUUAUAGACGCCCUGAUUUUAUCAAGUAAUGCGAGCAACAAAAUCAUAUCAAGAAAUGAACAUGUUGGCCAAUAUUCAUAACUUGUACUUGACGUAAACAUUCAGAAGAUUAAAUGUGCAGAGGACAGUUAUUUAAUAAACUUUCUGUUUUCCAAGAUAUUCAACUUCGUGGCAAACUAUCAGUGAAGGAAGAUAUCGUUGGUUAGAUCGAAAUCGUUUGGAAAUCACAGACAAAGACGAAACUAAAUUGACAAUACUGGCAUACUUUAACACGUUGGCCGUGGCUGUUGAAACAUCAAGGAGACUGAACACCAGUGAGCGGGGAAUAUGCGGAUCAUCGGAUGGGGAUUGGGAACAAGAUAUCAUUGAAACAUUGAACAUGACGUCAUUAAAUGGGACUGCAAUCCAAUCAACGCUUGCCAAUUUAACACAGGCCAAGCAUGAUGAUUAUAUUAACAACGUGAUACGAGUGAGAGAUACCAGAAUGAUUACAGGAUAUGCGGUGGCAUACAGGACAGGUGGUGGAUAUAUGUUGAGUUUGGGGGUUAAUUACUUGUCUUUAAUCCUUGACUUUACUUACCCUGUGCUUUCUGAGGUCAGCAUUGAAAUCUGGGUAAAGUUAUCUGUAUAUGAAACAGCGAUGACUGUUGGAACAGUUCUAAAAGGAAAACGGGUUCUGUACAGUAUUGUCCACCAAGGAAGCAACUGCACUGUCUGGUAUAACAAUGAGAUAGUUAUUACGUGGGGGUCAUAUGAAAUAAAUACUGGAUUAGUAUUGAAACACGCUCACUGGACGCAUCUCUCUCUCACUUGGAGAAACAGCGAUGGGCGACUUGUUAUGAUGCUGGCAAAUAUUGACAGACAAAGAGAAAAAUCGAUACACUAUGGUGUCUGGGUCAAUCAUUUCUUUUAUAUUGAUAAAGGAAUUUUCUUCGGCCAUGACGAGAAGAACGAACUUUUGAACAUUGAGCUUACUCUGGAACUUGAUGAGCUUCGUGUGUGGCAGUUUGCCCGUAAAGAUGAGGACAUUGUUAAAAACAUGGCGGUCAAGAUACAUGGCUACAUUGACGGCUUGGUUAUGUUUUGUGGGUUUGAUGAAGGAUACGGCACUACAACGAAUGGGACACUGUACGCACUUAGUGACAACGCAACUACAUCUGGAUACUACCACCGUGGAAACAAAACCCAAGAUAAAAGAAUUGUAUACGAAGUUAAACCCCGGAGUGUGAAUCUACUGUGGAAACCAUCAGGCGCACCUUACCCGAAUUUGGGUGAUUAUGAAAUCAACUUUGAGUCAGAUGUUUUGCAGAACGACACCAAAACUGAAUGUUACAAAUUGUUUUAUACUGGAAAUCUGUAUAAAUACUGUGGCAAAAAGCUUGUCACACAAACAUUGUUUUAUUACGAAGCGUGUCUAAUGGAUGUCGCUCAUUCCGGGGACAUACAGCACACUAAGAUCUCUGUGAGCAUGUUUGCAUUUUACUGCCAGAAAGUAUUGGCCGUCCAAUCUUGUAGCUUACAUGGUUUCUACGAUGGUUUUCCGGAGUGUGAAGAAAAGCCAGGUUGUGGGCAUAUGAAUAAUAGACGGCAACGAAGGAAAGGAUCAAUGCACAACCAGAGACGGCGACGAAAGAAAGGACCAAAGGACUGCAAACCCAAACCACCAAGGGUCAGGCAGAGACAGCGACGACCCAAACCACCAAGGGUCAGGCAGAGACAGCGACGACCCAAACCACCAAGGGUCAGGCAGAGACAGCGACGACCCAAACCGCCAAUGGUCAGGCGGAGACAGCGACGACCCAAACCGCCAAUGGUCAGGCGGAGACAGCGACGACCCAAACCGCCAAUGGUCAGGCAGAGACAGCGACGACCCAAACCGCCAAUAGUCAGGCGGAGACAGCGACGACCCAAACCGCCAAUGGUCAGGCAGAGACAGCGACGACCAAAACCGCCAAUGGUCAGGCAGAGACAGCGACGACCCAAACCGCCAAUAGUCAGGCGGAGACAGCGACGACCCAAACCGCCAAUGGUCAGGCAGAGACAGCGACGACCCAGACCGCCAAUGGUCAGGCAGAGACAGCGACGACCCAAACCGCCAAAGGUCAGGCAGAGACAGCGACGACCCAAACCGCCAAAGGUCAGGCAGAGACAGCGACGACCCAAUCCGCCAAAGGUCAGACACAGUCAGCGACGAAGGAAAUUGUGGUGAAAAGAUAAAGAAAGUUCGUUUUCAAAUUGCGUUGGAGAAGAUGUUUUUCAACAUUUUUCGAAAAAUCGUAGUCGUAGAGUAUUGUAUAUAACGGUGCAAACUUUAUACCCUAAUGCUCACAAGACUAUGUUUGUGUAGUUUAAUUCAAUUUACUAGAUUGCCUCAAAAUAUAAUCCUCAAAAGGCAAAGUAAUUGACAUUUAUUAAUUUUAAUAAUAAUCAUAAAUUCAUAUUUUCAAUUGACAUAAUAUUACACAGUAAUAAAGCACCAUGCAGUAGUAGCGUAAUAUUAGUAAUUGUAAUUUCUAGUUUACUAACAUAGUUGUUAAGCCUGGUUUCCGUAUGAUCGUAACGGUCGUAAAAAUUGAGUUACGACCUUUCUCAUCAGUCGAAAUACAACAUUUUAGAACUGAAAAUACGUGGAGUGAUUAUAACUAGAGAAUACUUAUAUGCUUUAUAUGUGGUUUACAGGUAUAAACUAUUAUAAACAGGCCGUUGCGAAAGAUCGUGACUCUAUUUUUACGACCAUAUGGAAAAAAGGCUUUAAAGUUUAAGUUUGAAUCCAUUUUGAAAAUAUAACUCUUGCACAAAUAAUUUGUCUAUAUGCUGAAUAUUACAAAAUGAAAACAUAAAGAGGGGCGACCCACUUUCAUUUUUGCUCUUGUGAUUGAAGCGUUCUUUUAAAUUGCAAUUAAAACGCAGUCGUACACUGACCAAAAAUGUUUUAUUUAUUAUCAUAUUCAUUUUUGAAGUCAUGCGCGAUUCGAGCAAUUUCAUUGGCUAAAAAUACUGCGAUUACAGCCCUUAUAUAGUUA